AUAAAGAUGACGACAAAAGCACCAACGUUUACGCAGCCGUUACAAAGUGUUGUGGCACUGGAGGGUAGUGCCGCAACCUUUGAGGCUCAUAUUAGUGGUUCCCCAGUUCCUGAGGUGAGCUGGUUUCGGGAUGGCCAGGUUAUCUCCGCUGCAACUCUGCCCGGCGUGCAGAUCUCCUUUAGCGAUGGCCGCGCUAAACUCGUGAUCCCCGCCGUGACAGCAGACAACAGUGGAAGAUACAGCAUACAAGCCACCAAUAGAUCUGGGCAAGCAACUAGUACCGUUGAGCUACUUGUCACAGCUGAAACAGCACCACCAAACUUUACACAACGUCUACAGAGCAUGACAAUAAGGCAAGGAAAGCAAGUUCGACUUGAUGUUAGAGUGACUGGAAUCCCUACACCUGUGGUGAAGUUCUAUCGGGAUGGAGCAGAAAUUCAAAGCUCCCUCGAUUUUCAAAUUUCACAAGAAGGAGACCUAUACAGUUUAAUAAUUGCAGAAGCUUAUCCUGAAGACUCCGGAACCUAUUCAGUAAAUGCCACAAAUAGCGUGGGACGAGCUACUUCAACAGCCGAAUUGCUGGUUCAAGGCGAGGAAGAAGUAGUACCCGCUAAAAAGACAAAGACAAUUGUUUCGACUGCUCAGAUUUCGCAAACAAGACAAGCCAGAAUUGAAAAGAAAAUAGAAGCCCACUUUGAUGCUAGAUCACUUACAACUGUUGAAAUGUCCAUAGAGAGUGCCACAGGACAACAGCUCCCACACAAGGCACCUCCAAGAAUGCCUCCUAAACCUACAUCAAAAUCACCAACUCCACCAAUAAGUGCAGCAAAAGUACAAAUGGCACGACAGCAAUCACCAUCUCCCAUUAGACAAUCACUGUCACCUGUAAGACAUGUUAGAGCACCAACACCAUCACCAGUCAGGUCAGUAUCUCCUGCUGGAAGACUUUCCACUUCACCUAUUAGACCUGUGAAAUCUCCAGCACUGAUCCGUAAAGCACAGGCAACAGUAGCCACUGCUGCUGAGGUUGUUCCUCCUUGGAAGCUGGAAGGUUAUGCCUCUGCAGCUGAGGCACGGAUGCAGGAAACUAGAGUAACUACAAGCGCUACCCAGAUAAGGACAGAAGAAAGAUGGGAAGGGAGAUAUGGUGUCCAAGACCAGAUGACCAUUAGUGGUGCUGCUGCUGGUGUCUCUGUUGCUGGUAUAGCUGCUGGUGCUAAAGAGGUAAAACAGGACACUGAUAAAACAGCAGCUGUUGCUACUGUAGUUGCUGCAGUUGACCUGGCUAGAGUGAGAGAACCAGUUCCAAGCCCUGUAGAGCAGGUUUCUAAAAGGACAGCAAUGACUGCGGUACACAUUCAACCUGUUCAGGAGCAGAUAAGAAAGGAAGCUAUGGUAGUAGUUACUACUGAUAAAUCCAAAGAACAGGAAAUAAUAUCAAGAACUAGAGAAGGAAUUGCUACCAAACAAGAAGUACACAUCACUCAUGAAAAGGUAAGAAAGGAACCAGAGAGAGCUCCUGUACCCAAGGUAAUAAUUGUUGCUGAUAAAGCCAAAGAACAAGAAAAAAUAUCAAGAGCUAGAGAAGAAAUUUCUACUAAACGAGAGCAAAUUCACAUCACUCAUGAAAAGAUAAGAAAGGAUGCUGUGAAACCUUCUGUGCCUAAGGUAGUAAUUACCACUGAUAAACCUAAAGCACCAGUCAGAGUAUCGAGAACUAGAGAUGAAGUUGCUAUCAAACAAGAACAAGUACGAGUAACUGAUGAAAAGAUAAAAAAGGAAGCUGAAAAAAUUACUGUAGUUCCGACAGUAAUUGCCACUGAUAAAUCCAAAGAACCAGUAACAAUACCAAGAGCCAGAGAAGGAAUUACUACCAAACAAGAACAAAUGCAUCUAAUUCGUGAUCAGAUUGGAGCUUACAAAAAGGCUGAAGCUGUAGCUACAGUUGUUGCUGCAGUUGAUCAUGCACGUGUUAGAGAGCCCUGGGAGCUAGAGCGUGCUGAAGAAGGCUAUGCUGAGCAGACAGCUUUGGAAUAUGGAUAUAAAGAGCGUACUAUGACAGGUCACGUUGUUGAGGUGCCAACCGAACGUCAUGUUGUCACCAAACCAGUACAUGUUCCUUCUGAAACAAAAGUUUCCACCACCGAAAAAAUGGGAAUGCAUAUAUCAACACAGAUUAAAAGAACAGAAGAAACCAGAACUGAAAAAGCAGUUCUUGUGGAACACACACGUCCCCGGACAGCAAGUCCUCAUUUUACAGUUUCAAAAAUUACUGUUCCUAAACCAGAUCAUACUUACGAGGUUUCAAUAGCAGGAUCUGCUAUGGCUACUCUGGAAAAAGAGUUAUCAGCAACUUCUGUUCAAAAGAUCACCAGACCUGUGAAAUCACCACAAGUAAAACCACCUGAAACCAAAAUGAUGGCAGAGAAGGUUGUCUCUCCACAAUUUCCCUUUGGAGAGGCAGCUGACGCCUAUAAGAGUCGUUAUGAUGUUGAGACCAAAAGAGACAUAAGUGUGAGCAUUACAGGUGGUGUGGUACGGGAAGAACACAUUGAAUUAAUGCAAGAAGGUGAAGCAAAGGUAACUGAAAUGGCUAGAGUUCCUGAGCCAGCAGAAGUCCCUGCUUCUCCACCAACCUUAGUCUCAGGUCUGAAAAACAUUACUGUUAUUGAAGGCGAAUCUGUCACUUUGGAGUGCUACAUCUCUGGCCAUCCAGCCCCGACUGUGUCAUGGUACAGAGAAGACUAUCAGAUUGAGAGUUCCAUAGACUUCCAGAUUACCUUCAAAGCAGGAGUUGCUCGCCUUGUGAUUCGUGAAGCCUUUGCAGAAGACAGUGGAAGAUUUACUUGCACUGCUACCAAUGCAGCUGGAACUGUCAGCAGUUCAUGCCACUUACAUGUGCAGGUUUCUGAUGAGAUCGAGAGCCGAGAAGCAGUUUCUGUGAAGGCUGUCACAGAAGAGAAACGCUAUAUGGAGUCAAAAGAUGUGGUAAUGGAAGAUACCAUUAUUGCAGAACAAGAAGUGUUUGGAGAAGCUGCGGCUCCUUAUUUUAUAACCAAACCUGUAAUUCGGAAAUUAGUUGAAGGUGGAAGUGUCAUUUUUGAGUGCCAAAUUGGCGGCAACCCAAAGCCACACAUCUACUGGAAAAAAGCCGGGGUACCUCUUACUACUGGUUACAGACACAAAGUGAGUUACAAAAAAGAGACUGGGGAAUGCAGACUUGAAAUUUCGAUGACCUUUGCUGAUGAUGCCGGAGAAUACACUAUUGUUAUUCGCAAUAAGCAUGGAGAAGCUUCUGCAUCAGCCUCUUUACUGGAAGAAGCUGAUUAUGAGGUCUACAUAAAAUCGCAACAAGAAAUGAUGUACCAAACUCAGGUGACUGCAUAUAUACAAGAACCUAAAGUGGCUGAGAUAGCCCCAGCUAUUUUAUAUGCUGACUAUGAAAAAGAAUAUGAAAAAGAACAAGCUCUAAUUAGGAAGAAAAUGGCAAAAGACACUGUGCAGAUCCGGACUUUUGUAGAUGAACAGGAAUUCCACAUUUCUUCCUUUGAAGAAAGACUUAUCAAAGAAAUUGAAUACAGAAUUAUUAAGACCACCCUAGAAGAACUCCUGGAGGAAGACAGAGAAGAGAUGGUGGUUGAUAUUCCUGAAUCUGAAACAGUUGAAGCAGGAUUUGAUUUAAGAUUAAAGAAUUAUAGAAUAUUUGAGGGAAUGGCUGUUACUUUCCAUUGUAAGAUGACUGGAUAUCCAUUACCCAAGAUUGCGUGGUACAAGGAUGGUAAACGCAUUAAGCAUGGAGAGCGCUACUACAUGGAAGUUCUGCAAGACGGCAGCGCUAGUCUACAUUUACCUGUUGUGUUGCCUGAAGAUGAAGGAAUUUAUACAGUCUUUGCUAGCAAUGUUAAAGGAAAUGCCAUUUGCUCUGCAAAGCUGUACAUUGAACCUGUUGCACCAGUUGGAGCUCCAGGUUAUAUGCCAGCACCAGAUGUUAUGAAAAGAUAUCGGUCUCUUUCUCCCCGUUCCCCGAGCCGUUCUCCAGCCCGUAGUUCUCCAUCUCGUUCUCCUGCCCGCAGACUAGAUGAAACUGAUGAAGGACAACUGGAGAGAUUGUAUAAGCCAGUUUUUGUGUUGAAACCUAGUUCCUUUAAAUGUGCAGAGGGACAGACGGCGAGAUUUGACCUAAAAGUAGUUGGCAGACCCAUGCCAGAAACAUACUGGUUUCAUAAUGGUCAACAAGUUGUUAAUGACUAUACUCAUAAAAUAGUAGUUAAAGAAGAUGGCACACAGUCAAUGAUCAUUGUCCAUACUAGUCCUGAUGAUUCUGGUGAAUGGACUGUCAUUGCUCAGAACAGGGCAGGCAAAGCUACGAUCUCUAUGACCUUGACAGUGGAAGCUCAAGAACAUCUAGUGAAACCACAUUUUGUAGAAAGGCUGAAGAAUGUUAGUGUCAAAGAAGGUACUAAACUGAAAAUGUCAGUGAAAGCUACUGGUAACCCUAAUCCUGACAUUGUAUGGUUGAAGAACAGCGAUAUCAUUGUACCUCAUAAAUACCCAAAGAUCAAAAUUGAGGGAACUAAAGGAGAAGCUGCACUUAAAAUUGAGUCCACUGUCAAGCAUGAUGCUGCAUGGUAUACCGCCACUGCUAUCAAUAAAGCGGGGCGCGACACUACACGGUGCAAGGUAAAUGUCGAAGUGGAAUGUGCAGAACCUGAACCAGAAAGGAAAUUAAUCAUUCCAAGGGGAACAUACAGAGCAAAGGAGAUUGCAGCACCUGAGCUUGAGCCUCUCCAUUUGCGUUAUGGUCAAGAACAAUGGGAGGAGGGAGACCUUUAUGACAAAGAGAAACAACAAAAGCCAUUCUUUAAGAAGAAACUCACUUCACUGAGGCUCAGAUGCUUUGGACCAGCUCAUUUUGACUGCAGACUGACACCAAUUGGUGACCCCACUAUGGUGGUCGAGUGGCUACAUGAUGGCAAGCCACUGGAGGCAGCCAAUAGACUCCGCAUGAUUAAUGAAUUUGGAUACUGCAGUCUGGAUUAUGGAGUAGCCUAUCCUAGAGACAGUGGAGUGAUCACUUGCAGGGCAAGUAACAAAUAUGGUACUGACCACACAUCGGCUACUCUUAUCGUUAAAGAUGAGAAAAGCCUUGUGGAAGAAACUCAGUUGCCGGAAGGCAGGAAGGGACUGCAGCGAAUUGAAGAGAUGGAAAGAAUGGCCCAUGAAGGGGCCCUUGCUGGAGUGACAGAGGACCAAAAAGAGAAGCAAACGCCAGAAAUAGUUUUGGUCCCUGAGCCUGCAAGAGUUCUGGAGGGUGAAACUGCACGAUUCCGCUGCCGUGUCACAGGCUAUCCACAGCCCAAAGUCAAUUGGUAUCUCAAUGGGCAGCUAAUUCGUAAAAGCAAAAGGUUUAGACUCCGCUAUGAUGGUAUCUAUUACCUGGAUAUCGUGGACUGCAAAUCAUACGAUACAGGUGAAGUGAAGGUUACAGCAGAAAAUCCAGAGGGGGUAACGGAACAUAAAGUGAAACUUGAAAUCCAACAGAGGGAAGAUUUCAGAUCUGUCCUUCGCCGGGCACCUGAACCCAGGCAUGAGCCAGCAGUAACAGAGCCUGGCAAACUUCUCUUUGAAGUACAAAAGGUAGACAAGCCUGCUGAGGCAACUACCAAAGAGGUGGUGAAGCUAAAAAGGGCUGAGAGAAUCACUCAUGAGAAGCUAACAGAAGAGACUGAAGAGCUGCGCAGUAAAUUCAAGCGUAGGACAGAGGAGGGCUAUUAUGAAGCCAUUACUGCUGUGGAGCUUAAGUCUCGCAAAAAAGAUGAAUCAUAUGAAGAAAUGCUUAAAAAGACAAAAGAGGAACUUCUUCACUGGACCAAAGACUUAACCGAGGAAGAGAAGAAAAUACUUCUUGCUGAAGGCGAACUCACCAUUCCAGCUAUCAAACCAGAGAGGCUUGAGCUUAGUCCAAGUAUGGAGGCUCCUAAGAUACUUGAACGAAUUCAAAGCCAGACAGUAGCCCAAGAUAGUGAUGCACAUUUCCAUGUUAGAGUAGUAGGGAAACCAGACCCUGAAUGCCAGUGGUUCAGAAAUGGUGUACAGAUUGAGCGGUCUGAUCGGAUAUAUUGGUACUGGCCUGAAGAUAAUGUUUGUGAAUUGGUCAUCAGAGAUGUAACAGCUGAGGACUCUGCCAGCAUCAUGGUGAAAGCAAUCAAUAUAGCUGGUGAAACUUCAAGCCAUGCUUUCUUGCUAGUACAAGCCAAACAGUUGAUACGUUUCACGCAAAAUUUACAAGAUGUUGUUGCUAAAGAGAGAGAUUCCAUGGCAACCUUUGAAUGUGAAACCUCAGAACCCUUUAUCAAAGUGAAAUGGUAUAAAAAUGGAAUAGAAAUUUUUUCUGGAGACAAAUACAGGAUGCACUCUGACAGAAAAGGUCACUUUCUUUCUGUACUAAUGAUUGACAUGUUAGAUGCUGAGGACUACAGCUGUGCAUUGGUAGAAGAUGAAACUAUAAAAACAACUGCUAAGCUUAUUGUUGAAGGUGCCGUUGUUGAGUUUGUUAAAGAACUUGAGGAUAUUGAAGUCCCAGAGUCCUUCUCAGGCGAGCUUGAAUGCGAGAUUUCUCCUGAAGAUGUGGAGGGGAAAUGGUAUUGUGGCGAUGUGGAGCUCACAUCCAAUAGUAAAUACAUUAUUACAUCCCGGCGUGGUCGUCAAAUUCUCACUGUUAAAGAUGUUAGUAAGGAAGACCAAGGAGAGUACAGCUUUGUUGUAGAUGGCAAAAAGACCAGUUGCAAACUGAAGAUGAAGCCUCGUCCUGUAACUAUUCUUCAAGGACUUACUGAUCAGAAAGUCUGCGAGGGUGAUAUUGUGCAACUUGAAGUUAAAGUCUCCCUAGAAAAUGUUGAAGGUGUCUGGAUGAAGGAUGGUAUUGAAAUUCAGCCAAAUGACCGUGUGCACGUUGUGCUGGACAAGCAGUCACAUAUGUUGUUAGUUGAAGAUGUAACAAAGGAAGAUAGUGGAAAUUACUCCUUUAAUAUUCCCAGUCUUCUUCUUUCAACCACUGGACGAGUCUCUGUUUAUAGUGUGGACAUAGUGGUGCCACUAAAAGAUGUUCACACUAUUGAAGGAACAAAAGCUGUCUUUGAAUGCAAAGUUUCAGUCCCUGAUGUGUCUUCAUCCAAAUGGUACCUAAACGAUCAACAGAUAAAGCCUGAUGACCGUCUACAAGCUGUCUGCAAAGGCACUAAACAAAGGCUAGUGCUUACCAGGACCUAUGCAUCAGAUGAAGGACAAUACAAACUGAUGGUUGGCAAAGUUGAAACCAGUUGCAAUCUUACAGUAGAAAAAAUUCAGAUUAUUAGAGGCCUUCAUGACAUCACAUGCACUGAAACUCAGAAUGUAUCCUUUGAGGUUGAGCUAUCUCAUGCAAGUAUUGAUGUUUUAUGGCACUUCAAAGACCAAGAGCUCAAGCCUAGUCCUAAAUACAAAAUCGAAGCACGUGGCAAAAUAUAUAAAUUGACAGUCGUCAACAUGAUGAAAGACGAUGAAGGUGAAUACACAUUUUACGCUGGAGAAAAGAAAACGUCUGGGAAGCUUAUAGUAGCAGGUGGUGCCAUUGCAAAGCCUCUCACUGAUCUAACAGUGGCUGAAUCCCAAGAAGCUGUUUUUGAAUGUGAGGUGGCAAAUCCUGAUUCUGAUGGCCAGUGGUUGAAGGAUGGUAAACCAUUAUCUAUGACCGAUCACCUCCGAAGUGAAUCAGAUGGCUUAAAGAGGAGACUUAAUAUUCCAGUCACCAAGCUAGAUGAUAUGGGUGAAUAUACCUACAAAGUGGCAUCUUCAAAAACAUCUGCCAAAUUGAAGGUUGAAGCUGUUAAAAUAAAGAAGACACUAAAGAACCUAACUGUAACAGAAACACAAGAUGCAGUUUUUUCUGUGGAACUCACCCAUCCUGAUGUUAAAGGAGUUCAGUGGAUCAAAAAUGGCAUUGAACUUAAAUCAGAUGAUAAAUAUGAGAUUACAGUGAAAGGAACUGUUUACACACUGCAAGUGAAAAAUUGUGUUAUCACUGAUGAGUCCAUUUACAAUUUUAAGCUUGGAAGGUUAGGUGCCAAUGCCAGACUCCACGUUGAAACUGUUAAGAUAAUCAAAAAGCCAAAGGAUGUGACUGCUCUGGAAAAUGCCACUGUUUCCUUUGAAUUGAGUGUUUCCCAUGAUACCAUACCGAUCAAAUGGUUCCACAAAAAUGUUGAGAUUAAGUCAAGUGACAAGUACAGAAUGAUCUCUCAAAGGAAAGUUCACAAGCUGAUGUUGCAGAAUAUAUCUCCCUCUGAUGCUGGAGAAUACACAGCUGUAGUAGGACAAUUGGAGUGCAAAGCAAAGCUGUUUGUGGAAACCGUACAUAUUACAAAGACCAUGAAAAGUAUUGAGGUUCCUGAGACCAAAACUGCCUCCUUUCAGUGUGAAGUAUCUCAUUUCAAUGUACCUGCUGUAUGGCUAAAAAACGGUGUGGAAAUUGAAAUGAGUCAAAAGUUUAAAAUAGUGGUUCAGGGGAAACUCCAUCAGCUCAAUAUCAUUAACACAAGCAGUGAAGAUUCUGCAGAAUAUACAUUUGUCUGUGGGAAUGACAGAGUCAGUGCAACUCUGACAGUGAACCCUAUAUUGAUUACAUCCAUGCUGAAAGACAUCAAUGCUGAAGAGAAAGAUACAAUAACAUUUGAAGUAACUGUCAACUAUGAAGGCAUCACAUACAAGUGGUUAAAGAAUGGGGUGGAGAUAAAAUCAACUGACAGAUGCCAGAUAAGAACUAAAAAGCUUACACAUUCUCUUGCCAUAAGGAAUGUCCACUUUGGUGAUGCUGCAGAAUACAGUUUUGUUGCUGGGAAAGCUGUUUCAUCAGCCACUUUAUAUGUGGAAGCUCGACACAUUGAAUUUAGGAAGCACAUUAAAGACAUUAAGGUUGUAGAGAAGAAACGAGCCAUUUUUGAAUGUGAAAUCUCAGAACCUGACAUUUCAGUGCAGUGGAUGAAGGAUGGCCAGGAACUCCAGCUUGGUGACAGAGUGAAAGUUCAGAGGGAGAGAUUUGUCCAUCGCCUCCUCAUUUCUUCCACAAAGAUGUCUGAUGCUGGACAGUACACUGUAGUAGCAGGAGGAAACAUGUCCAGUGCUAACUUAGUUGUGGAAGGUCGUGAUAUUCGUAUCAGAAGUGUCCAUAAAGAUGUUCAGGUCAUUGAAAGACAACGAGCUGUAGUUGAAUUUGAAGUCAAUGAAGAUGAUGUUGAUGCUCGCUGGUAUAAGGAUGGCAUUGAGAUCAAUUUCCAGAUUGAGGAAAGAUAUCGAUAUGUUGUGGAAAGACAAAUCCACCAGAUGAGCAUCACUGAAACAAGAUACAGCGAUGCUGGGGAAUACACCUUUGUAGCAGGAAGAAACAGAAGCUCUAUUAUUCUUUAUGUUAAUGCUCCAGAGCCACCCCAUAUUAUUCAGGAGCUUCAGCCCACCACCGUGGAAUCUGGUAAACCUGCCCGCUUUUGUGCUAUAAUAUCAGGUAGACCACAGCCCAAAAUUUCCUGGUAUAAAGAUGAGCAGCAGCUAUCUGCAGGCUUUAAAUGCAAGUUUCUUCAUGACGCACAAGAAUACACUCUAUUGUUGAUUGAGACUUUCCCUGAAGAUGCAGCAGUUUAUACGUGUGAAGCAAAGAAUGACUAUGGAGUUGCCACUACUUCAGCUUCACUUUCAGUGGAAGUCCCAGAAGUUGUUUCUCCUGAUCUAGAAGUGCCAGUUUAUCCACCUACUCUUAUAACACCACUUCGAGAUGUUGUUACUUCUGAGGGACAAUCUGCUUGUUUUCAGUGCAGAGUUACAGGGACAGAUCUGAAAAUCUCUUGGUAUUGCAAAGAUAAGGAGAUCAAGCCAUCCCGUUUCUUUAGAAUGACUCAUUUUGAAGACACUUGCCAACUGGAGAUUUCAGAAGCCUAUCCAGAAGAUGAAGGAAUUUAUACCUUUGUUGCUAGUAAUUCUAUAGGCCAAGUGACAAGUACUGCUAACUUGAAGUUGGAAGUGCAAGCCAUAGAUAGGCAAAGUUCUGGGAAAGAUGUAAAAGAGUCUGUCCAGUCACAGGCAAUAUCAGAAGUUCAUGUUGCUUCCCCUUUCGCAAAGAAGGAGACCCAGGCUUAUAAAAAAGAAAUUAAAACAGUACAAGAACCAUCAUACCAACUGGGUGUGCAGGUUUUGGAAACUCUAUCAGAAAGUUUAACCAUGAAAGCUACAUCAGUGAAAGAAACAGAAACCUUCCAUACAACAGUCCUUUCACAAACAUCACAAAGUACAAUGAAAGGAUGCGCUGCUGCUGUCCAGGAAAUGAGAGAGGCUUCCCCAAAUAUUCUCCUGAAACUCCGUGACCAAACUGUAAAAUUUGGCGAUACCGCGCAGUUCAUUUGUGCUUUAGAAAGCGAACACUUUUUAGAGGUUCUGUGGACCCAUGAAGGUGAAAGGAUAAAAGAGUCCAAACGAGUGAAGCUAUCACAAAAUGGAACUGUCCUAUUACUCACAAUUAUAAAUGUCCAACUGUUAGAUCAAGGACUGUACAGAUGUACUGUGCAUAAUGAUCAUGGAGAGACAACAACAGCUGCUGUACUAACAGUAGAAGCUCCAGAAAAAGUUCUUCAAGAGAAGAUAGAAAAACAGAUUGAAAUGGAAGUGAAAGACUUUUCUAGUUCUGUUCUUGUGUCUACUGAGGAAGAAAGAACCGAAAGUUACAGCAGCGGCCUUCAAUUGUCUGAUAGAGAUAAAACACUUGAAUUUAUGCCUGAAAAUUCAGUUUACUCCAGUAAAUUAGAGAUGAAAACGGAGGAGGGCAGCGUCCCGGUUUUCCUCAAACACGUUUCUAAUGUUGAAACAAGUCUAGGAGAUGUAGCUAGACUCUCAGUUACUGUUACUGGCAGUCCAAAACCUAAAAUCCAAUGGUUCUUUAAUGGAGUGAAGUUAACCUCUUCCACAGAUCACAAAUUUGUAUUUGAUGGUAGUGAUUAUAGUCUUAUCAUUCUCUAUACAAAAUCUGAAGAUGAGGGUGAGUACACUUGCAUUGCCAGUAAUAAGUAUGGAGAGACUGCAUGCAGUGCCUAUCUAAAGGUGAAACCAAAAGAGAUUGGAGAAGUCUACAAAAAAUCGGUGGUAGAACUAGAGGUGAAGAAACCCUUAGAAAAGAAAACAAAUCCCUCCCCCCCUUGCUUUGUGAAGAAAGUGGAACCUGUUCAGUGUGUUCAAAGUCUCCCUGUUGUAUUUGAGUAUACAGUGCUUGGAGAACCUGUACCCGAGGUGCAAUGGUUUAAGGGAAAUCACCAGAUUUUCUCUAAUGUAUACUACACUGUGGUUCACAAUCCUGACGGCUCGGGUUCAUUAACGGUCCAUCAGUGUCAGAGAGAUGAUGGUGGGUUAUACACCUGUAAAGCCAUAAAUCCCCUUGGGGAAGCCACUUGCUCUGCAGAACUGCUUGUACUGGACACCGCUGCUGUGUUUCAGUAUAAGGAACAGAAAGUCGUUCAGAAACAUCUUACGAAAUCGUACAAAGAAACCGUAAGUGAGCUGACUACCGAGUCUCGUUUAUAUGCUGUUAAAUUGCCAGGUGAGGGUGGGCAGCGGGACCAGCAAGUGUUGUAUACAAUCGGAACAGAGGGCAGGCCCUCGGUCCAUAGCGAAGAGGUGGACUCCUUGCUUGAGGUUUCUCACUCCGCCGCUAGCAUGCAGCAGGAGACGGUUCUUGCUCAGCAAGCUGCCGUGCUGGAGUCUCCUGAGGCUGCCGAGAGCCUCGAUGUAUCUCCUCAGGCGGCAGAAACGGGGGUUCCAACGGCAAAGCGGCUUCCUCCAGCAGCUUUCACUGCGACUGAGGUUCUGGAGCACCCGAGCGUGCUGGAGCCAUGUCUGGAGCCAAUUAAAAGCCCCCCAGUAGCUGAGCUGCCUGGUUCUGAACUCCACGUGGGCCCCGCUAUUUGUUUGCCAGUAGUGGAGGAAAGCGGCCAGCAGGACAAAGAAAAGGAACUGCAGAGUCACCCCCCGGAGAGGGUUGCGCUGCAGGCGGCCCGAGAAGAGAAAUCGACCUUUCUCUCCGCCGUAGCUGAAGAGCAGCGUGCAGUGACCGCGAGCACCGCGGUGCCUCUCCCGAGCGCAGGGGCGCAGGCCGGGACCUCAGCCCGCGAACCCCGGCAGCUGUUACACACCGCCAGAGUUGAAGACAUCCAGGAGCUGCCUAAAGAAACUUCCUUCGCGCUAGAAACGCCUACGCGCCAGAAGGGUCUCCUGGUGCUGGAGGGCGAGAAGAAGGAAUUUCAACUGGCCUUAGCUGCGGAACAGCAGCGAAUAGGCGACGCUCACGCCCAGGAGCUCGGCGCCCUGGAUUUACCUGCGGAAGCGAAACCAGUACAGGAAUCGCCCGCGGAGUUACACGUGCCUAUGACUGAUUCCCAAAGGAUGUUUCUAAAAGAGGGCGCCGUGGCUGUCCCGUCAGCAGCUCAGCAGAAGGGGGCGUUGGUGCAGGAGAGGGUUGUAAAAGCUGCUCUCGUUACAGAAGAGAAGCAGCAGCUCGCGGCUGAGCACGCGCAGCAAGUCCCCGGACUUGACAGGACAGGACCUGUAGAAACCCGAAAGGAAGGCGCAAAGCUAUUGAAUUUGCCGGUGGUACAUGGGCAAACAACACUCCCUAGAGAAGGGCGUUUUAGUUUUGUGGCGCUGCCCGAGGAUCAAGCAGUCGCUAGGAAAACCCCAAUGUUGUUGCACGCGUUAGUCUCAGAAGAACAAACCCCCCUCCCUUAUGAAAGCACUAGCCAGUUUCCUGCCCCGGAUCGGGCGGUUAGCAUUCAGCCUGUCAAAGAGCCCCCUUCCGCCCUCCGUCUCCAGACAACCCAGUCAGAGCACGUGUUGCCUAAGGAAGACAUACUGGCUUUUCAAAAACCUGUAUCCCACGUGGCUUUCCAGAGAGAAGAAAAAAUGUUUACUCGGGCAGCAACAACAGAAGAGAAGAGCGGGUUAUCUGCGGGACAACUGGAAGCUUUUCAGAGCAGUGCCGAAGGAUUACACCCCACCGCUACAGUUGAACCUCAGCUACCGACCUGCCUUAUCACAGUGGCUGAGGAUAUCCCUCUGCCAAAAGAACAAAUCAUCAGCGCGGCAGAAAAGGAGCAGAAAGCUGCCCUGAGAAAAGAAGACUCUCAAACAGUUAUGCAGCUAUCGAGCGUGACUGAGAGCAGGGCCUUGGACCUGGGUCAUGUUGAAACACUUGAGGAGAUUCAGACCGUGAGCGGUGAGGUGAAAUCUGAACCCGGAUUCCUUUCAGAAUCUGCCUGCGCCGAGGAAGGAAGUGUUCCGCUAGAGAGUGCAAAUAUGCUAGAAGCCGCAGAACACGAUUUUGCUGCAAGAAUUCAAGAAGGACAGUCGGUGAGGCUACCAUUAAUACUAGAAGAAAAGCAGCCUCUGAAAGAAGAACACGCAGUCGAACUAACGAGGUCAGAAACUGGAACUGUAAAGGUAGAGAAGCAACCAAAGGAGACGCUGAGCGUACAUGAAAUACAAGAAAGAGAAGUCCUUUCCAAAGAAAACCACUUUGUUGUUCAAGUUCCCAAGGGUUGUAGCUUAGACAUAAAGACUCAGAUCAGAAGUGCCCUGAAAGCUGCAAUGACUAGUGAACAACAUCUCUUGUUUUCCGAAUGGUUGGGUGAUAUACAAAAUAUUGAAGUAAAGACAGUGAAAGUCAACAAGGAACCUAAAUAUACAAUGUGCACCUACCUUAUAACCACAGGGAGUUCCAGUCCCAUAGAAAUAACAGUCUCUCUAGAAGAAAUAUACCCUCAGAUAGUUGGCUUGAAAACUGAACUAAAGGCUGCUUUGUAUUCGAUUAUUUACGAAGAAAAACAUAUUUUGAUCGCAGAACAGCCCAGAGCUAUGUCACCAGUGCAGCAGGAAUCCGCGAGCCCUAUUUCUGAUGCGCUGGAGCCCCAGCAGGCUGAAAUAACCACGGAAUCUGAAGCGCAGCUGCAACAGCUUUUGUCUGCUCGAGCAGUCAGCACCGUUGCUGUCAAAAGUCAGAUCAGAGAUGUCGGUUCAACCGCAGUCACUGCCGACGUUGCUUUAGCAGCUGUGCCUUUGGAGAAACCAGUGCAGAUACUGACAGUGAAACAGAAAAAGGAAGAAAUAUCCGAGGAAGAUGGUGGAGAGGUUCUCAUAGCUCAGGCAGGGAAGCCAGAGGACAAGCUAGUUAGAGAAGAUUAUCCCGUCAUUCACCGAAAUCUUGUAGACACUGUUGUAGAGGAAGGUGAUAGCUUAAGUCUUAUAUCAAUUAUAACAAACGUCAAAAAGGUGAAUUGGUAUUUUGAGGGUAAACUGGUGUCUUCAGGCAAACAGUUCAAGUGUUUACAAGAUCAUGACACAUACACACUAGUAAUCAACAAAGUACACAAGGAAGUGCAUCAAGGAGAGUAUGCCUGUGAGGCACUGAAUGAAGGUGGAAAAACAACAACAUCAGCGAAACUCACAGUUGUAAAAAGAGUUGCACCCAUACUGAGGAGGAGACUCGAGUCGCAGGAAGUAGCCGUGAACCACCUGGCCAAGUUUAGCUGUGAGAUUGAGACUGCUCCUAAUGUCCGAUUCCAGUGGUAUAGAGCUGGCCGAGAAAUAUAUGACGGCGACAAGUAUUCCAUACAUACCACGAAAUACGUGUCCACGCUGGAAAUCCCAAGACCUCAAGUAGUUGACUGUGGAGAAUACAGCUGCAAAGCUGCCAAUCAGUAUGGCAGUGUAAGCUCUACAGCGAUUUUAACGGUGACUGUGCUCGGAGUUGAAAAGAGAGGCCGCAGAAUACUUCCUGAAGUUACCCCUCCGCCAAAGGAAGAAGUUGUUCUUAAAAAAGUUCCUAGAAAAACACCUGAAGAGGAAAAACCGAAACCAGAGAAAGAACCCAAAGUUGAAACUAAACCAGAACCUAAACCAGUAGAAAAGAUAAAGAAACCUGAAGAGCCAGAAGUUCCCAAGAAGAAAAUUGAGAUACCACCUGUCACAAAAAAAGAGGAGAAACCUCCUGAACCAGAGAAAGUGCCAGAACCUAAGCCAGCAACUAUCCCACUUCCUGAACCAAAACCCGCAGUAGGUAAGACUCUAAAAUCUCCCAAACCACCAGCCGAGCCAGUCCCUGUUGCUGCUCCAGUGACAACUCCAGUGGUUGGAAAGAAAGCAGAGCCCAAAGCAUCAAAAGAGGAACCUGGCAAGGUUAAAACUCCUAUUAAAGGUAUAGCCAAGAAGACACCAUCCCCUGCAGAACUGGAGAGGAGGAAACUAAGGCCAGGCAGUGGAGGUGAAAAACCUCCUGAAGAGCCACCAUUCACCUACCAACUUAAAGCUGUGCCACUCAAGUUUGUCAAAGAAAUGAAGGACAUAGUGCUGAAAGAAGCUGAAUCUAUUGGCUCUUCUGCAAUAUUUGAGGUUCUUAUCUCUCCCUCUACUGCAAUUACCAGCUGGAUGAAAGACGGAAAUAACAUCCGAGAGAGCCCAAAGCACCGGUUUAUUGCAGAUGGCAAAGACAGGAAGCUGCAUAUUAUUGAUGUCCAGCUUUCAGAUUCCGGCGAGUACACUUGUGUGCUACGUCUGGGAAACAAAGAAAAGACCUCCACAGCUAAACUCAUUGUUGAAGAAAUACCAGUACGUUUUGUGAAAACUCUUGAGGAACAAGUCACAGUGGUCAAAGGGCAGCCAUUUUAUCUGAGCUGUGAGCUGAACAAAGAGAGAGAUGUGGUGUGGAGGAAGGAUGGAAAGAUCAUAAAAGAUAAACCUGGAAAGUACACUCUGAAUAUUAUUGGUUUGCAACGUGCCCUCACCAUCAUGGAUGCAGAUGACACUGAUGCUGGCACUUAUACUGUGACAGUGGAAGAUACUGACCUCAAAUGUGACUCUGUUGUUCAAGUAAUAGAAAUGAUAAGAGACUGGUUGGUGAAACCUAUAAGAGACCAGCAUGUGAAACCAAAGGGUACAGCUACUUUUGUUUGCAAUCUUGUCAAGGAUACACCAAAUUUUAAAUGGUACAGGGGAGAUGAGGAAAUUCCAGCUGAACCAACUGAAAAGACAGAAAUCUUGAAAGAAGGAAAUCUCAUUUACCUCAAAAUUAAGAAGGCGACACCUGAAGAUAUUGGAGAAUAUGCAGUGGAAGUUGAAGGUCGCAGAUAUGCAGCUAAACUGACCCUCGGUGAGCGUGAGGUUGAGCUGCUUAAACCACUGGAGGAUGUUACUGUUUAUGAGAAAGAAACAGCAAACUUCGACACAGAAAUUUCUGAGGAAGAUAUUCCUGGAGAAUGGAAACUGAAAGGAGAAAUCCUGAGGCCCUCACCUACUUGUGAAAUCAAAGCUGAAGGAGGAAAACGCUUCCUCACCUUACACAAAGUCAAGUUGGAACAGGCUGGUGAAAUCCUCUACCAAGCACUCAAUGCGCUCACUACAGCUAUCCUGACAGUGAAAGAAAUCGAACUUGACUUUGCUGUGCCUCUGAAAGAUGUCACUGUUCCUGAGAAGCGUCAGGCUCGAUUUGAAUGUGUUCUCACCCGGGAAGCCAAUGUUAUAUGGUCUAAGGGCACUGAUAUAAUCAAAGUUGGAGACAAAUUUGAUAUCAUUGCAGAUGGAAAGAAACAUAUCCUUGUAAUCAAUGAUUCACAGUUUGAUGAUGAAGGAGAAUACACUGCUGAAGUGGAAGGGAAGAAGAGUACAGCAAGAUUGUUUGUGGAAGGUAUCAGGUUGAAGUUCAUCACACCUCUAAAAGACCAAACAGUGAAAGAAGGGGAAACGGCUCACUUUGAGUUCGAGCUUUCUCAUGAAGAUAUGGUAGUGACCUGGUUCAAAAAUGACAAAAAACUCCACACAAGCAGAACGGUUCUGAUUCAUGCAGAAGGCAAGACUCACAAAUUAGAAAUGAGAGAAGUGACACUUGAUGAUAUCUCUGAGAUAAAGGCUGAAGUCAAGGGCUUGCACACUCGUGCAAAGCUCCAAGUCUUAGAGGCCGAUCCAUACUUCACCGUGAAAUUACAAGACUAUUCUGCUGUAGAGAAAGACGAUGUCGUUCUGGAGUGCGAACUUAGCAAAGAUGUACCAGUGAAAUGGUACAAAGAUGGCCAAGAGCUUACAGCUUCUAAGAGAAUCUCCAUAAAGACUGAGGGCACGCGCCGUAUCCUAAAAAUCAAGAAGAUUGAAGAUGGUGAUAAGGGCAACUACGAGUGUGACUGUGGAACUGACAAGACAAAAGCUAAUGUUAACAUUGAGCCUCGUAUAAUAAAAGUGGAGCGCCCCCUGUAUGGAGUGGAGGUAUUUGUUGGUGAAACAGCUCGUUUUGAGGUUGAAAUCUCUGAGCCCGAUAUCCACCCCAUAUGGAAGUUAAAGGGAGAAACUUUAACACCUUCACCUAACUGUGAAAUAAUCGAAGAUGGGAAGAAGCAUGUUCUUAUCCUUUAUAAUUGCAAACUGGAUAUGACUGGAGAAGUUUCCUUCCAGGCUGCAAAUGCUAAAAGUGCAGCUAAUCUGAAAGUGAAAGAACUACCUCUCAUCUUUAUCACUCCACUCAGUGAUAUCAAGGUCUUUGAGAAGGAUGCGGCCAAGUUUGAAUGUGAGGUGUCUAGGGAACCCAAGACUUUCCGUUGGUUGAAAGGAACACAAGAGAUUACGGGUGAUGAGAAGUUUGAAAUUAUCUCAGAGGGCACAAGACAUGCCCUGGUAAUUAAGACAGUUGCAUUUGAGGAUGAAGCUAAAUAUAUGUUUGAAGCUGAAGAUAAAAGAACAAGUGCCAAGCUGAUCAUUGAAGGCAUUCGUCUGGAAUUCAUUACUCCUCUCAAAGAUGUAACAGCAAAGGAGCGUGAGACUGCAGAGUUUACUGUAGAACUAUCUCAUGACAAUAUCCCUGUUGCCUGGUUCAAGAAUGACCAGCGACUGCAUACCAGUAAGGUGGUUUCAAUGAAAGACGAUGGCAAAUUCCAUACACUCACAUUUAAAGAUCUCUCUAUUGAUGACACGUCUCAGAUCAGAGUUGAAGCUAUGAGCAAAUCUUCUGAAGCUAAACUCACGGUUAUUGAGGGAGAUCCUUACUUUACUGCAAAGCUUCAAGAUUAUACUGCUGUAGAGAGAGAUGAAGUGAUUUUACAAUGUGAAAUUAGCAAAGCAGAUGCUCCUGUGAAAUGGAUGAAAGAUGGCAAAGAAAUAACUCCAUCAAAAAAUGUUGUUAUCAAGGCUGAUGGCAAAAAGAGAAUCCUGAUCCUCAAGAAAGCUUUGAAGAAAGACAUUGGAACAUACACCUGUGAUUGUGGCACUGACCAAACCUCUGCCAAACUCAACAUUGAAGAGCGGGAUAUUAAGAUUUUGCGCCACCUGUACAGUGUGGAGGUAAUUGAGACAGAGACUGCCCGCUUUGAUACUGAAAUCUCUGAGGAAGAUGUCCACGCCAGUUGGAAACUAAAAGGAGAAACCCUGAACCAAUCACCUGAGUGUGAAAUUAAGGAGGAAGGCAAAAAGCACUUCCUCGUAUUGUACAAUGUACGUUUGGACCAAGCUGGUGGAGUGGACUUCCAAGCAGCAAAUGCCAAAUCCAGUGCUCAUCUUCGAGUGAAACCACGAGUAAUUGGCCUGCUCAGACCGCUCAAGGAUGUAACAGUGACAGCUGGUGAAUCAGCCACCUUUGACUGUGAGCUCUCCUAUGAGGGUAUCGUGGUGGAGUGGUUCUUGCAUGGACAGAAACUGGAACCCAGUGACAAGGUUGUCACACGUGCUGAAGGAAGAGUACACUCGCUUAUUCUCAGAGAUGUCAAGUUAACAGAUGCUGGAGAAGUCUCACUGACUGCAAAGGAUUUCAGAACACAAGCAAAUCUCUUUGUAAAAGAACCCCCAGUUGAAUUUACUAAACCACUUGAGGACCAGACAGUAGAGGAGGAAGCCACUGCAGUACUGGAGUGUGAAGUAUCCAGAGAAAAUGCAGAGGUGAAAUGGUUCAAGAAUGGACAUGAAAUUCACAAAACAAAGAAGCAUGAUAUCAUUGCUGAGGGCAGGGUCAGAAAACUCAUUAUUCAUGGCUGCACAUUAGAUGAUGCUAGAACAUAUACCUGUGAUGCUAAGGAUUUCAAGACCUCUUGCUUCUUGAAUGUGGAACCUCUUCGUGUUGACUUUACAAAGCCCCUUACUGACCUUGAAGUGAAAGAAAAAGAGAUUGCUCGGUUUGAAUGUGAAAUUUCCCGCCCAAAUGUCAAGGUACGGUGGUUUAAGGAUGGCAUUGAAAUCAGAAAGGGCAAAAAGUAUGACAUAAUUUCCAAAGGUGCCCAGCAUAUUCUUGUGGUCAACAAAUGUCUAUUUGAAGAUGAAGCAGAAUAUGCAUGUGAAGCAAAAACAGCUAGAACCUCGGGCAUCCUAACAGUUAUAGAGGAGGAAGCUGUUUUCACCAAAAAUCUUCCCAAUAUCGAAGUAAAUGAAACUGACACUGUGAAAUUCAUUUGUGAAGUCUCUAAGCCUGGUGCUGAAGUAACUUGGUUUAAAGGAGAUAAGGAAUUACCUGAAGGUGGUAGAUAUGAACAAAUUGCUGAUGGCCGAAAGAGAAUUCUUGUCAUUCAUAAUGCUCGCCUUGACGAUGCUGGUGAAUACAGCUGUAGGCUUCCAAGUACUCGCACAACCGGCAAACUCAAAGUGCAUGAACUUGCAGCAGAAUUUAUUACCAGACCACAAAAUGUUGAAGUACUAGAAGGAGAAAAAGCUGAAUUUGUCUGCUCAAUAUCCAAAGAUGACUUUGAAGUACAGUGGCUGAGGGGUAAUAAAGUACUUGAGGCUGGUGAUAAGUAUGACAUCAUUUCAGAUGGCAAGAAGCGAUUACUCCUCAUUAAGGACUCUAUUUUAGGAGAUGAAGGAAAGUAUUCCAUCAUGGUUGGUGGAAUCAAAGCAACAGCACACUUAAAAGUCAUUGAAAAACUCAGGAUUAUAACUCCACUUAAAGAUCAAGUAGUUAAAGAGGGAGAAGAACUUGUCUUUAACUGUGAGGUCAAUACAGAAGGUGCCAAAGCUAAAUGGUACAAAAAUGAGGAGCCAAUAUUCGAUAGUGCAAAAUCCAUCAUGGUCCACAAGGACUUAGUUUACACUCUCAGAAUCAGAGAUGCACACUUUGCAGAUCAAGCCACCUAUACUGUCUCACUAUCAAACGCCAGAGGGGAACACGUCAAGAGCUCUGCUGCCUUAACAGUACUGGAGGAGGAUCUCAGAAUUGUUGUCCCUCUUGAAGAUAUUGAGACAAUGGAGAAGAAAUCGGUCACAUUCUGGUGCAAAGUCAAUCGCCUCAAUGUAACCCUUCAGUGGACAAAGAAUGGCGAGGAAAUUACAUUUGACAGACGCAUUUUGUACAAAGUUGACAAAUACAAACACUCGCUGAUCAUUAAAGACUGUGGGUUUAUAGAUGAAGGCGAAUACACCGUCACUGCUGGACAAGACAAAUCUGUUGCAGAGCUCCUUAUCACAGAGGCACCUGCAGACUUCAUUGAGCACCUACGGGACCAGACUGUCACUGAAUUUGAUGACGCUGUCUUUACCUGCCAGCUUUCCAAAGAGAAAGCAAGUGUAAAAUGGUACAAAAAUGGACGAGAAAUCAGAGAAGGCAAAAAGUAUCUGUUUGAGAAGGAUGGAAAUUUGCACAGAUUAAUUAUAAAAGACUGUAGACUAGAGGAUGAAUGUGAAUAUUCCUGUGGCGUAGAUGACAGGAAAUCAAGGGCAAGACUUUUUGUUGAAGAAAUCCCUAUUGAGAUCAUCCGACCUCCACAAGAUAUUUAUGAAGCUCCAGGCUCUGAUGUCAUCUUCAUGGCUGAGUUGAAUAAAGACGGAGUGGAAGUCAAGUGGUUAAGAAAUAACAUGAUUAUAGUCCAGGGUGACAAACAUCAGAUGAUGAGUGAAGGAAAAGUCCAUAGGCUGCAGGUGUGUGAGAUAAGGCCUCGUGACCAAGGUGAAUACAGAUUUAUUGCCAAAGAUAAAGAAGCUAGAGCUAAACUUGAAUUGGCUGCUGCCCCAAGAAUCAAGACUGCUGACCAAAACCUUGUGGUUGAUGUUGGGAAGCCUUUGACCAUGGUUGUUCCAUAUGAUGCCUACCCAAAAGCAGAAGCCGAGUGGUUAAAAGAAGAUGAAAGCCUGCCAACACACACAGUUGAUACAACGGCCGACAGCACCACCUUCAAAAUUUUAGAAGCAAAGAAAUCCGAUAAAGGAAGAUACAAGAUUAUACUCCAAAACAAACAUGGCAAAGCUGAAGCGCACAUCAAUGUAGAUGUUAUUGAUGUUCCAGGUCCAGUUAGAAACUUAGAAGUCACUGAAACAUAUGAUGGUGAAGUUAGCCUUGCCUGGGAGGAACCAGAAAGUGAUGGUGGGAGUAAAAUCAUUGGCUAUGUUGUUGAAAGACGUGAUAUCAAACGUAAGACCUGGAUUUUGGCCACUGACCGUGCUGACAGUUGUGAAUAUACUGUUACUGGACUUCAGAGAGGAGGAGUUGAGUACCUCUUCCGAGUGAGUGCUAAAAACAGAGUGGGCACUGGGGAACCAGUGGAAACGGACACACCUGUUGAAGCAAAGAGCAAAUUUGAUGUUCCUGGUCCUCCUCUGAAUGUAGAAGUUAUUGAUGUGAACAGAUUUGGUGCUUCACUUACCUGGGAGCCACCAGAAUAUGAUGGAGGCUCUCCAAUUACUGGCUACAUUGUUGAAUUGCGUGACAAAGGUUCAAUCAGGUGGGAGCCAGCCAUGACCACUGCAGCACAUGAAUUAGCUGCUACUAUGACUGAUGUUGUGGAAAACAAAGAAUACUACUUCAGAGUCAGAGCACAAAACCAGAUUGGAGUUGGCAAACCAAGUGCUGCUACUCGAGCUGUUAAAAUUAUGGACCCAAUUGAAAAACCAAGUCCUCCCAUUAACCUUAGUCAUUCAGACCAAACUAAGUCAUCUGUGCAGCUUACAUGGGAGCCUCCUCUGAAAGAUGGAGGAAGUCCAAUAAUGGGUUAUAUUAUUGAAAGACGUGAAGAGGGAACAGACAACUGGAUCCGUUGUAAUCCAAGACUUGUCCCUAAUCUUACUUAUAAGGUAACUGGAUUGAAACCAGGAGCCAGUUACUACUACAGAGUCUCUGCAGAAAAUGCAGCUGGUGUAUCAGAUCCAGCUGAGGCUAUUGGGCCACUGACUGCAGAUGACACAUACGUUGGACCGACAAUGGACUUAAGUGCAUUUAAAGAUGGACUGGAAGUUAUUGUCCCAGAGCCACUCAAGAUCCGUGUUCCUAUCACGGGCUAUCCUGUGCCAACUGCAACGUGGUCUGUUGGUGACAAAAUCUUAGAAAAGGGUGAUCGUGUGAAAAUAGCGACUACUGCAGCCUUUGCAGAACUUGUUAUUACUCCAAGUGAACGUCCAGACAAGGGCAUUUAUACCUUGAAAUUAGAAAACCCUGUGUCAUCUGUUUCAGGAGAAAUUGAUGUUAAUGUCAUUGCUCGCCCAAGUGCACCAAGAGAACUAAAAGUCAUAGACAUGAGCAGGAACACAGUGCAAUUGACAUGGGAAGCACCAGAAAAUGAUGGAGGAAGUCCAGUGACUGGCUAUCUUAUUGAAAAACGUGAUAUAAGCCGGAAAACAUGGACCAAAGUUCUGGAUUAUGUUGUUGACCAAGAGUUCACUGUACCUGACCUCAUCCAAGGAAAAGAAUAUUUGUUUAGAGUUUCAGCACGCAACAAAUGUGGACCAGGAGAGCCUGCAUAUAUUGAUGAACCUGUAAAUAUGUCAGCACCAACAACGGUGCCUGAUCCACCAGAGAAUGUUAAAUGGAGAGAUCCAACAUCUAAAAGCAUCUUCUUAACAUGGGAUCCACCCAAGUAUGAUGGUGGUUCACGCAUCAAGGGUUAUCUGGUAGAAAAAUGCCAACGUGGUACUGAUAAGUGGGAGCCCUGUGGCGAACCUGUUGCUGAAACAAAAAUGGAAGUACCAAAACUUAAAGAAGGUGAAUGGUACUCAUACCGGGUUAAGGCUUUGAAUAAACAUGGAGCAAGCAAACCAAGCAAGCCAACAGAUGAGAUCCAGGCCGUGGAUACAAAGGAGGCCCCAGAAAUUUUCCUAGAUGUGAAACUUCUAGCUGGACUGACUGUAAAAGCUGGAACUAAAAUUGAGCUACCAGCUACAAUAAAAGGAAGGCCUGAGCCUCGGAUUACUUGGACCAAGGCUGAUAAAAUCCUGAAACCCGACGAUAGAAUUACGAUUGAAACCAAACCUGACCAUUCCAGCGUCACUAUUACAGACAGCAAGAGAAGUGACAGUGGUACCUAUAUUAUUGAAGCUGUAAAUUCCAGUGGGCGUGCUACUGCCGUUGUUGAAGUCAAUGUUUUAGAUAAGCCAGGUCCCCCAGCUGCAUUUGAUAUAUCGGAUAUUACAAAUGAAUCCUGCUUCCUGACAUGGAAUCCUCCUCGAGAUGAUGGUGGAUCUAAAAUCACAAACUAUGUUGUUGAGAGAAGAGCUACAGACAGUGAAGUAUGGCACAAGAUGUCAUCGACUAUUAAGGGAACAAACUUCAAAGCGAUGAACUUAACCCCUCAUAAAGAAUAUAUCUUCCGAGUCAGUGCUGAAAACAUGUAUGGUGUUGGGGAGCCAGUUCAACACAGCCCCAUCAUUGCUAAAUAUUCCUUUGAUCCACCAGGGCCUCCAACAGGUGUCACACCUUCUGAAGUCACUAAAGAUUCUGUGACAUUAACAUGGUCUGAACCAGAUGAAGAUGGUGGCAGUCCAAUCACUGGUUAUUGGGUUGAGAGAUAUGAUCCUGAUCACGAUAAAUGGAUAAGAUGCAAUAAGAUACCAGUGACAGAUACAGCAUUCAAAGUUAAAGGUCUUACCAACAAGAAGAAGUACAAGUUCCGUGUCUUGGCAGAGAAUCUUGCAGGACCUGGAAAACCAAGCAAGGAGACAGAGCCAAUCCUAGUGAAGGAUCCUAUUGAUCCUCCAUGGCCCCCUGGCAAGCCAACUGUGAAAGAUGUUGCCAAAACAUCAUUAUUCCUGCAGUGGACAAAGCCAGAGCAUGAUGGAGGUGCAAAGAUUGAGUCUUAUGUCAUUGAGCUACUAAAAACCGGAACAGAUGAGUGGGUAAGAGUGGCUGAGGGCGUUCCCUUGACUGAACAUUUCCUCAAGGGGCUUAUGGAAAAACAAGAAUACUCAUUCCGCGUAAGAGCUGUGAACAAGGCCGGGGAGAGCGAACCUAGUGAGCCCAGUGACCCUGUGCUAUGCAAAGAGAGACUGCACCCUCCUUCACCACCUCGAUGGCUUGAGGUUAUUAACAUUACUAAGAACACUGCGGAUCUUAAAUGGACGGUACCAGAAAAAGAUGGGGGCUCCCCAAUUACCAACUACAUUGUUGAAAAGAGAGAUGUGAGACGGAAAGGCUGGCAAACAGUUGAUACAACAGUAAAAGACACCAAAUACACAGUGACCCCACUCACUGAAGGCUCUCUCUAUGUGUUCCGCGUGGCUGCCGAAAAUGCCGUUGGGCAGAGUGACUAUUGUGAAAUUGAAGAUUCAGUUCUUGCUAAAGACACCUUCACUACUCCUGGGCCACCAUAUGCUCUUGCAGUAGUUGAAGUGACAAAGAGACAUGUUGACCUAAAAUGGGAACCACCUAAAAAUGACGGUGGCAGACCAAUUCAAAGAUAUGUUAUUGAAAAGAAAGAAAAAUUAGGCACACGCUGGGUGAAAGCUGGCAAGACAGCUGGACCUGACUGUCAUUUCAGAGUGACUGAUGUUAUUGAAGGUACAGAGGUACAGUUCCAGGUUCGUGCAGAAAAUGAAGCUGGUUGUGGUCAUCCAAGUGAACCAACUGACCUCCUUGCUAUUGAAGACCCAACAAGCCCUCCAUCACCUCCUCUCGAUUUACACGUGACAGAUGCAAGCAGAAAGCACAUUUCCAUUGCAUGGAAACCACCAGAGAAAAAUGGUGGUAGUCCUAUUAUUGGAUACAAUGUUGAGCUGUGUGAAGCAGGAACAGAAAAAUGGAUGCGAAUCAAUUCUCGUCCAGUAAAAGACUUGAAAUACAAAGUGGAAGAGGGCAUUGUUCCUGACAAGGAGUAUGUGCUGAGAGUCAGAGCUGUCAAUGCUAUUGGAGCUAGUGAUCCAUCAGACAUCUCAGAAAAUGUUGUUGUUAAAGAUCCAGACUGCAAUCCCACUAUUGACCUAAAGACUCAAGACAUUGUUGUUAUUGAAGGAGAGAAGUUAAGUAUCCCUGUACCCUUUCGAGCUGUUCCAUCACCAACCAUUACAUGGCAUAAAGGUGGCAAGGAGGUUAAAGCAGGGGACAGAACAACAAUGAAGAGCAAUUACACAUCUGCAUUGCUUGAAGUCACAAACAGUGUUCAUGCUGAUGCAGGUGUUUACACUAUCACCCUGGAGAACAAACUGGGCUCAACAACUGGCUCAGUCAACGUCAAAGUCAUAGGUCUGCCUGGACAGUGCAAAAACAUUAAAGCAAGUGAAGUGACUAAAAAUUCAUGCAAGAUAGCCUGGGAACCUCCAGAGUAUGAUGGUGGCACUCCCAUCUUACAUUAUGUCCUGGAACGUAGAGAAGCUGGUCGGAGAACAUAUAUUCCAGUGAUGUCUGGUGAGAACAAACUCUCAUGGAAUGUCAAGGAUCUUAUACCAAAUGGUGAAUAUUACUUCCGUGUUAAGGCUGUCAAUAAAAUUGGAGGAGGUGAAUACAUUGAAUUAAGGAACCCAGUCAUUGCUGAAGAUCCAAAGCAGCGUCCAGAUCCACCUGUUGAUCUUGAGAUUUAUAAUCCAACAUCAAAGUCAGUAACGCUUACAUGGAAGCCACCUUUGUAUGAUGGAGGAUGCAAGAUUAUGGGCUAUAUCUUAGAAAAGAUUGCUAAGGGUCAAGACAAGUGGGAAAGGUGCAAUGAAUUUUUGGUACCUGUUUUGACCUACACAGUAAAAGAUCUUGAGGAGGGCAAGGAAUACCAGUUCCGUGCACGUGCAGAGAAUGCUGCAGGUGUCAGUGAACCUUCUCAUAUCACUCCAUUAGUGAAAGCUGUUGAUCCCAUUGAGGCUCCAAAAGUCUUCCUUAGUGCUAAUCUGCAGGCUGGCCUUGAGGUGAGGCGAGGUGAUGAAAUUGCACUGGAAGCACAUAUUUCCGGAGCACCGUACCCAUCUAUUACAUGGUUAAGGAAUGAUGAAACUAUUAGGCCACAGGAAAUAAAAAAGAGAGUAACAAAGUUUACUAGGAGAAGGAAGGGUGAAGUUGAAGAAGAGGAGCCAUUCUAUCUUUCACUGCCAGAACGUUUGAAUAUUGACAAUCACAAACCUGGAGAGUCCUUGUUAGCCGUUCGUGACUCACUGAGAACUGACCAUGGCACAUUUACAAUCAGAGUUGAAAAUGAUCAUGGUGUUGCAAAAGCCUCAUGUGAAGUAAACGUAUUAGAUACGCCUGGACCUCCUAUCAACUUUACAUUUGAAGAUGUUAGAAAACAUUCUGUUGUCUGCAAGUGGGAGCCUCCUCUUGAUGAUGGUGGAAGUGAAAUCCUGAACUAUGUCCUGGAAAAGAAAGACAACUCAAAAGCUGAAAUAGGCUGGGUUACUGUCACUUCAACACUCAGGCAUUGCAAAUACCACGUGCUAAAACUGAUUGAAGGAAAGGAAUAUCUCUUCCGUGUAACAGCUGAAAAUAGGUUAGGACCUGGACCACCAUGUGUUUCCAAACCACUGGUAGCCAAAGAUCCAUUCAGUCCACCAGAUGCACCUGAUAAGCCUGAAGUGGAGGAUGUUACCAGUAAUAGUAUGUUGGUUAAAUGGAAUGAACCAAAAGACAACGGUAGCCCCAUCUUGGGUUAUUGGAUUGAAAAACGUGAAAUCAAUAGUACUCACUGGGCUCGUGUCAACAGAAACCUCCUGAACACCCUAGAAAUAAGAGCCGAUGGGCUUUUGGAAGGACUUACCUAUAUCUUUAGAGUGUGUGCUGAAAAUGCAGCUGGCCCUGGCAAAUUUAGUCCACCUUCAGAUCCAAAAACUGCUCAGGACCCAAUAUUGCCACCUGGUCCACCAAUUCCAAGAGUUGUUGAUACAAGCUCAACUGCUAUUGAACUAGAAUGGGAACCUCCAGCAUUCAACGGUGGUGGUGAUAUCAUUGGUUAUUUCAUUUACAAACAAUUGGUGGGCAUAAAUGAAUGGUCACGCUGCACAGAGAAAUCCAUUAAGAUUAGAAAAUACACUGUUAAAGAAAUUAGAGAAGGUGCUGACUAUAAACUCCGGGUUACCGCUGUUAAUGCAGCUGGGGAAGGACCACCUGGUGAAACUGAACCUAUAACAGUUUCAGAACCUCAAGAGCCACCUCAUGUCGAAUUGGAUGUUUCUGUCAAAGCAGGCAUUCAGAUAAUGGCUGGGAAAACUCUUAAAAUUCCUGCUACUGUAACUGGGCGCCCUACACCUACAAUUGUGUGGACUGUGGAGGAAGGUGAAUUAGACAAAGAAAGGGUUGUUAUUGAAAAUGUUGGCACCAAAUCUGAGCUAACUAUUCAGAAUGCAUUGAGAAAAGACCAUGGAAGAUAUGUGAUUACUGCAACCAAUGAGAGUGGUUCCAAAUUUGCAGCAACCAGAGUAGAAGUUUUUGAUGUUCCUGGGCCAGUGCUUGACCUAAAACCUGUGGUUGUGAACAGAAAGAUGUGUCUGCUUAACUGGUCCGAUCCUGAAGAUGAUGGAGGAAGUGAUAUCACUGGCUUUCUUAUUGAACGCAAAGAUGCCAAAAUGCAUACUUGGAGACAGUGUAUAGACACUGAGAGAUCUAAGUGUGAUAUUACAGGUCUCGUUGAAGGACAGGAAUAUAUGUUUCGUGUUAUUGCCAAGAAUAAGUUUGGCUGUGGUCCACCUGUUGACAUAGGACCAAUUCUUGCAGUUGACCCAUUAGGUCCUCCAACAGCACCUGAAAGGUUCAUGUACACAGACAGGACAAAAUCAACCAUUACACUUGACUGGAAGCCUCCCCGUAAUGAUGGUGGCAGUCCUGUCAUAGGAUACAUCGUUGAUAAGAGAAGACAUGACUCAAAUGUGUUCGAAAGAGUUAACCAGCAACUCUGUCCAACUACAUCUCUUCUUGUAGAAAAUCUUGAUGAGCUUCAUAUGUAUGAAUUCCGUGUCAAAGCAGUCAAUGCUAUUGGUGAAAGUGAACCAUCACUACCACUUAACGUAGUUAUACAAGAUGAUGAAGUACCUCCAACUGUCACAUUACGUCUGGCCAUCAGAGGAGAUACUAUCAAAGUGAGGGCAGGAGAGGCAGUUAAUAUUCCCGCUGAUGUGACAGGUCUACCAAUGCCAAAGAUUGAAUGGGCCAAAAAUGAAGUUGUAAUUGACAAACCAUCAGAUGCACUUAAGAUAACCAAACAAGAAAUAUCUAGAUCUGAAGCAAAAACUGAACUUAGUAUGCCUGCUGCACUUAGGGGCGAUAAAGGCACUUACACAGUCACAGCUACUAAUCGUCUCGGCACAGCAUAUCGCAAUGCUUAUGUUGAAGUGUAUGAUCGUCCUUCUCCACCAAGAAAUCUUGCAGUUUCUGACAUUAAAGCAGAAUCAUGCUAUUUGACCUGGGAUGCCCCCCUUGAUAAUGGUGGCAGUGAAAUUACUCAUUACAUUAUUGAAAAACGUGAUGCCAGUAGGAAGAAAUCUGAAUGGGAGGAGGUUUCCAGCACAGUGGUUGACAGACGAUUUGGGGUGUGGAAACUUGCAACAAAUGGUGAAUACCAGUUUAGAGUCAGGGCAGUAAACAAAUAUGGGACAAGUGAUGAGUGCCUCUCAGAGAAAGUGGUCAUUAAGGAUCCGUAUGGCCUUCCUGGACCUCCUGGAAAACCAAAAGUUUUAGAUCGCACUAGGUCAUCAAUGCUGGUGACUUGGGAGCCUCCUUUGGACAAUGGUGGAGCCCCAAUCACUGGGUAUUGGUUGGAGAAGAGAGAAGUCGGAGGCGUCUAUUGGUCACGUGUUAACAGAGCUCCAGUAACCAAGCCAGUAAUGAAAGGGCUGGAAUUUAAUGUCUUGCGGUUAAUUGAAGGCGUUGAAUACCAGUUUAGAGCCAUGGCUGUAAAUAUUGCUGGAAUUGGCCCUCCCAGUGAACCAUCAGAUCCCGCUUUAGCAGCAGAUCCUAUAUUUGUACCUGGUGCGCCAUCAUGCCCAGAGGUCACAGAUAGAACCAAAUCCACUAUAUCUCUUAAAUGGAAACCUCCACAAAAAGAUGGUGGCAGUCCUAUAAAAGGAUACAUUGUUGAAAUGCAAGAAGAAGGUAGUACUGACUGGAAGAAGGUGAAUGAACCAGACAAACUAUUUCCUACUUGCAAAUGUGUUGUACCCAGCUUGAAAGAACUUAGAAAGUACAGAUUUAGAGUGAAAGCUGUAAAUGCUGCUGGGGAAUCUGAACCAAGUCUUCCAACAUCAGAAAUACCUGUCAAGGAAAUUCUAGAGGAACCAGAAGUUUUUAUUGAUAUUGGAGCACAAGAUUUUCUCUCUGUUCGUUCUGGUACAACAAUUAAAAUACCAGCCAUUAUAAAGGGGCGUCCAGUUCCAAAAACAUCUUGGGAAUUUGAAGGAGAAGCCAAGAAGGCAAUAAAGGAAGGAGUCAAUAAUAUACCUGAAGAUGCUCAGCUGGAAGUAACUGAUACUACUUCAGUAAUUACUAUCCCAGAAUGUAAUAGAGGCCAUUCUGGAAGAUACAGUAUUACAGCAAAGAAUAAAGCAGGGCAGAAAACUGUAAAUGUUAGAGUUAACGUGCUUGAUGUGCCAGGGCCACCAAAAGACCUGAAAGUGAGUGAUAUAACAAGAUGUAGUUGCAAACUUUCAUGGAAGAUGCCAGACAAUGAUGGUGGAGACAGAAUCAAAGGCUAUGUUAUAGAGAAGAGGACUGUUGAAGGGAAGGCCUGGACAAAAGUUAAUCCAGAUUGUGGAAGCACUUCCUUCGUUGUACCUGAUCUCAUAGCUGGGCAACAAUAUUUCUUCCGUGUACGUGCAGAAAACCGUUUUGGUAUUGGGCCGCCUGCAGAUACAAUCCAACGGACCACAGCCAGGGAUCCAAUCCAACCUCCUGAUCCACCUAUCAAACUCAAGAUUGGUCUUGUAACUAAAAACACUGUUAGCUUGACAUGGAAACCUCCAAAGAAUGAUGGUGGUGCCCCUGUUACACAUUAUAAUAUUGAGUGUCUUCGCUGGGAUCGUACUGGGGAAGGAAAAGAGUCUUGGAAACAGUGCAAUAGACGUGAUGUAGAGGAAACAAAGUUUACUGUUGAGGACCUGAAAGAAGGUGAAGAAUAUGAAUUCAGGGUCAAAGCUGUAAAUGAAGCAGGUCCCAGCAGACCAUCUGCUACAGUUGGCCCAAUUGUUGUCAAAGACCAAACAUGUCCACCAUCAAUUGAACUCAAAGAAUUUAUGGAGGUUGAGGAGGGAACAGAUAUUAACAUUGUAGCCAAGAUAAAGGGUGUACCAUUCCCCACAUUAACGUGGUUUAAAGCUACUCCAAAGAAACCUGAUGACAAAACACCAGUACUAUAUGAUCAACAUGUCAAUAAGGUUGUGAGCGAAGAUACUUGCACCUUAUUAAUCCAACAGUCUCGCAGAAGAGAUACAGGCUUAUACACUUUAACUGCUGUAAAUAAUCUGGGAACUGCUUCAAAGGAGAUGAGGCUGAAUGUUCUUGGACGUCCUGGACCACCAGAGGGACCUAUUAAAUUUGAAUCCAUUUCAUCUGAUCAGAUGACCUUGUCUUGGCUUCCUCCUAAAGAUGAUGGUGGUUCUAAGAUUACAAACUAUGUUAUUGAAAAAAGGGAAGCUAAUAGAAGAACAUGGGUACCUGUUACCAAGGAGCCGAAGGAAUGCAUCUUCACCGUGCCCAAAUUGCUGGAAGGCCAUGAAUAUGUGUUCCGCAUCAUGGCACAAAAUAAAUUUGGCGUUGGGGAGCCUCUUGAUAGUGAACCACAAACAGCAAGAAACCUUUUCAGUGUUCCUGGACCAUGCGACAAGCCAACAGUUAGCAGCAUAACACAUGACUCAAUGAUUGUCAACUGGGAGGAACCUGAAUAUGAUGGAGGCUCUCCUGUAACAGGUUACUGGCUGGAGCGCAAAGAGACCACUGGAAAGAGAUGGACAAGGGUUAACCGUGAUCCCAUCAAACCUAUGACACUAGGCGUUUCUUACAAAGUAACUGGUCUUAUUGAAAAUUCAGAAUAUCAGUUCCGUGUAUUGGCUAUUAAUGCAGCUGGUGUUGGACCACCAAGCAUGCCAUCUGACCCAGCAAUUGCUAGAGACCCUAUUGGCCCCCCUGGUCCACCUAUUCCAAAAGUUACUGACUGGACAAAGUCAUCUGUUGAUCUGGAAUGGGCUCCACCAUUAAAGGAUGGUGGUUCUAAGAUCACUGGUUACAUAGUUGAAUAUAAAGAGGAAGGAAAGGAAGAAUGGGAAAAGGUAAAAGAUAGAGAAAUAAGAGGAACCAAGUUUGUUGUGACAGGAUUAAAAGAAGGAAGUUUCUACAGAUUUAGAGUUAGAGCAAUAAAUGCUGCUGGUAUCGGAGAGCCCGGAGAAGUUACAGAAGUUAUUGAAAUGAAGGAUAGAAUUGUCCCCCCUGAUCUUCACUUGGAUGCUAGUGUCAGGGACAGAAUUGUUGUUCAUGCUGGGGGAGUGAUCCGGAUCAUAGCUUAUGUCUCAGGAAAGCCACCUCCAACAGUCACCUGGAGCAGGGAUGAAAGAGCUUUACCAGAAGAAGCUAAAAUUGAAGAAACAGCCAUCAGCUCUUCUAUGGUUAUUAAGAACUGCAAGAGAAGUCACCAAGGCCUCUACACUCUUUUUGCCAAAAAUGCAGGUGGAGAACGGAAGAAGACUAUUAUUGUUGAUGUGUUAGAUGUACCAGGGCCAGUUGGUGUUCCAUUCCUUACUGAGAACCUAACCAAUGACUCUUGCAAACUGACAUGGUUUUCUCCAGAGGAUGAUGGUGGUUCUCCUAUCACCAACUAUAUUAUUGAAAAGCGUGAAGCUGACCGUAAAGCUUGGACCCCAGUAACCUAUACAGUCACGAGACAGAAUGCUACUGUUCAAGGACUGAUUGAAGGCAAGGCAUACUUUUUCCGAAUUGCACCUGAGAAUAUUAUUGGCAUGGGCCCAUUCGUUGAGACAACAAAAGAGCUUGUCAUCAGAGAACCAAUAUCUGUACCUGAGCGUCCAGAAGAUUUGGAGGUAAAAGCAGUUACCAAGGAUUCUGUUACAUUGACUUGGAACCCACCUAAAUAUAAUGGAGGUUCCGACAUAACCAUGUAUGUCCUGGAAAGCCGUCUCAUUGGAAAAGAGAAAUUCCACAGAGUUACAAAGGAGAAAAUGCUUGAUCGGAAAUACACUGUUGAAGGACUGAAAGAAGGUGACACUUAUGAAUAUCGUGUGAGUGCUUGCAAUAUUGUGGGACAAGGAAAACCAUCUUUCUGCACAAAACCAAUCACAUGCAAGGAUGAAAUUGCUCCUCCAACACUGGAACUUGAUUGUAGAGACAAGCUAAUUGUUCGGGUUGGUGAAGCUUUCAGCCUGACUGGACGUUACUCAGGGAAGCCUGUGCCAAAGGUGACUUGGUUAAAGGAUGAAAUUACAGUUAAAGAAGAUAAGCGCACAAAGAUUCAGACCACUCCAACAACCCUUUGCUUGGGGAUAUUAAAAUCCAUCCGAGAAGAUUCAGGCAAAUAUUGUGUGAUCAUAGAGAACAGCUCUGGAUCAAGAAAAGGCCUUUGUCAAGUCACUGUUGUUGAUCGCCCUCAGCCUCCAGUAGGUCCAGUUAUAUUUGAUGAAGUUCAUAAAGAUCAUAUGAUCAUCUCCUGGAAACCUCCACUAGAUGAUGGUGGCAGUGAAAUUACAAAUUAUAUUAUUGAGAAGAAAGAUGCACACAGGGAUCUCUGGAUGCCAGUAACAUCUGCCAAUGUCAAGACAACGUGCAAAAUUCCUAAACUACUUGAGGGAAAAGAGUAUGUUGUACGAAUUUAUGCUGAAAAUCUUUAUGGCAUAAGUGAUCCUCUAGUAUCUGAUGAAAUGAAGGCCAAGGAUCGUUUCAGUGUUCCUGCUGCGCCAGAGCAACCCAUCAUUAAAGAUGUUACCAAAAAUUCUGCCUUAGUAAUUUGGAACAGACCACAUGAUGGAGGCAAGCCAAUAACUACUUAUAUUUUGGAAAAGAAGGAAACAAUGUCUAAACGAUGGGCCAGAGUCACCAAAGAUCCGAUUUUCCCAGAAACUCAGUUCAGGGUACCUGAUCUCCUUGAAGGCUGUGAAUAUGAAUUCCGUGUAUCAGCAGCAAAUGAAAUUGGUGUUGGUGAUCCUAGCCCACCAUCAAAGCCAGUCUUCGCUAAAGAUCCAAUUGUCAAACCAAGUCCACCUAUUAACCCUGAAGCAGUCGAUAAAACUAAAAACUCAGUUGAUUUGUCUUGGCAACCACCACGUCAUGAUGGCAAAGGCAAGAUCAUUGGCUAUCUUGUUGAGUAUCAGAAAGUUGGAGAUGAAGAUUGGAAGAAGGCCAAUCUUACAGCAGACUCCUGCCCUGAAACAAAAUACAAGGUCACUGGUCUUACUGAGGGUUUGACUUAUAAGUUCAGAGUCAUGGCAGUCAAUGCAGCAGGUGAAUCAGAACCAGCUUAUGUUCCUGAUCCAAUAGAAGUAAAGGACAGGCUUGAACCUCCAGAGCUGAUACUUGAUGCUAAUAUGGCACGGGAGCAACACGUAAAAGCUGGAAAUACACUAAGACUUAGUGCUGUAAUUAAAGGAAUUCCAUUCCCAAAAGUGUCAUGGAAGAAAGAAGGACAAGAGGUUUCACCCAAAGCAGAUAUUGAGGUUACGGGAGUUGGCAGUAAGCUGGAAAUUCGUAACACUGUCCAUGAAGAUGGUGGAAUCUAUUCUUUGACUGUUGAGAAUCCAGUUGGUUCAAAGACAGUUUCAGUAAAAGUCAUUGUACUAGAUAAACCUGGCCCACCUAGAAAUCUGCAAGUAAGUGAAGUUAGAAAAGAUUCUUGCUAUCUCACUUGGAAGGAACCAGAGGACAAUGGUGGUUCUGUCAUUACCAACUAUGUGGUGGAAAAGAAAGAUGUAGCUGCUCCCCAGUGGGUACCCAUCUCAUCAUCCUCCAAGAAACACAGCCAUCUGGCUAAACAUCUUAUGGAAGGCACUCAGUAUCUCUUCCGUGUUGCUGCUGAGAACCAGUAUGGGCGAGGUCCAUAUGUUGACUGUCUCAAACCAAUCAAGGCUAUAGACCCACUAUAUCCUCCAGGGCCACCAAAGAAUCUGCACCAUGUAGAUGUUGACAAAACAGAAGUUUCCCUUGUUUGGAAUAGGCCAGAUCGUGACGGUGGUGCUGAAAUCAAUGGAUAUUUGGUGGAGUAUCAAGAAGAAGGUGCAGAGGAAUGGAUUAAGUUCAAGACUGUACCCAUGCUAGAGUGUGUUGUUACUGGUCUACAGCAAGGAAAGACUUACAAAUUCCGUGUGAAAGCACAGAAUAUCGUGGGUCUUAGUCUUCCAGAUACAACUAUACCAAUAGAGUGUCAAGAAAAACUAGUACCUCCAUAUGUGGAACUAGAUGUGAAGUUAAUUGAAGGUCUUGUUGUUAAAGCUGGUAGCACAGUCAGACUUCCUGCAAUCAUGAGAGGUGUACCUGUGCCCACUGCAAAAUGGGUAACUGAUGGAAAUGAAAUUAAAACAGAAGGAAACUACAAAAUUGAUACUGACAGUUAUUCAACAGUACUUACCAUUAAAGACUGUGUAAGAAAAGAUACUGGAGAAUAUUUUCUCACAGUGUCUAAUGCAGCUGGCAGCAAAACUGUUGGUCUUCAUCUUACUGUUUUGGAUGUUCCUGGUCCACCCACUGGUCCUAUUAAUAUUCUUGAAGUCACACCAGAACACAUGAUUAUUUCCUGGCGUCCUCCUAAAGAUGAUGGUGGAAGCCCUGUGCUGAACUACAUUGUUGAGAAGAGAGAAUCCAAGAAAGAAUCUUGGGGAGUGGUCUGUUCAGGAAUCAAUCAAACAAAACUUAAGGUUCCACGUCUACAGAAAGGUUGUGAAUAUAUUUUCCGUGUCCGUGCAGAGAAUAAGAUAGGCAUUGGUGCACCCCUCGAUUCAACGCCAACAGUUGCUAAACAUAUGUUUGAUCCACCAUCCCCACCUGGUAAACCAGUGGUUUCAGAUAUUACAGAAAAUGCUGCAACAGUGUCUUGGACCCUACCAAAAUCUGAUGGUGGAAGUCCAAUAACUGGAUACAUUCUGGAACGUCGGGAAAUAUCUGGAAAAUGGGUACGUGUCAACAAGACACCAGUGCUUCAACUGAAGUUCAGAGCCACUGGUCUCUUUGAGGGCAACACAUAUGAAUUCCGAGUUUUUGCAGAAAACAUGGUAGGCAUAAGCCCACCAUCCCCAGUUUCUGACCCAAUAAAAGUUUCACGCCCUAUCAGACCACCUGGACCUCCCAUUAAUCCAAAACUAAAAGACAAGACCAGAGAAACAGCUGACCUGGUGUGGACAAAGCCUCUCAAAGAUGGUGGCAGCCCUAUUUUGGGAUAUGUUGUGGAAUGUCAGAAAACUGGAACUACACAGUGGGAUAGGAUUAAUAAAGAUGAACUCAUUCCACAGUGUGCCUUCAGGGUACCUGGGCUAAUUGAAGGAAAUGAAUAUAGAUUCCGUAUAAAAGCUGCUAACAUCGUUGGAGAAGGAGAGCCCAGAGAACUGCCAGAAACUGUUCUUGUAAAGGAUAUUCUUUCUCCUCCAGAAAUAGAUCUAGAUGUGACCUGUCGUGACUUAAUCACCGUCAGAGUAGGCCAAACAAUCCAUAUUACUGGUAGAGUAAAGGGAAGACCAGACCCUGACAUAACAUGGUCUAAGGAUGGCAAAGUAUUAGUCCGAGACAAGCGUGUUGAGAUGGUUCAUGAAUUCCCUCGUAUUGAACUGCAUGUGAAAGAAGCCACAAGAGACGAUCAUGGCAAAUACAUCAUUUCAGCGAAGAACAGCAGUGGACAUGCUCAAGCAUUUGCACUUGUUAAUGUACUUGACAGACCCGGACCAUGCCAGAACUUGAAGAUAAGCUAUGUUACAAAAGAUUCUUGUAUGGUCACUUGGGAAAACCCAGUAGAUAACGGUGGGUCAGAAAUUACAAAUUACAUAGUAGAGUAUCGUCAGCCAAACCAGAAAGGAUGGUCAAUUGUCUCUUCUGAUGUUACCAAACGAUUAGUAAAGGCAAAUCUCAUAGAAAACCAUGAAUACUUCUUCAGAGUUUGUGCAGAGAACAAAGUAGGGCCAGGCCCUGUCGUUGAGACCAAGACUCCUAUCCUUGCCAUUAAUCCUGUUGAUAGGCCUGGUCCACCAGAAAACCUUCACAUUGCAGAAACAGGGAAGACAUUUGUGUAUCUGAAAUGGAGAAGACCAGAUUAUGAUGGUGGAAGCCCCAAUUUAUCUUACCACGUUGAAAGAAAACUGAAGGAUUCAGAUGAAUGGGAAAGGGUGCACAAGGGCAGUAUUAAGGAAACACACUACAUGGUUGAUAAAUGCAUUGAAAAUAAAAUAUAUCAAUUCAGAGUUCAGACCAAGAAUGAGGGAGGUGAAAGUGACUGGGUGAAGACAAGUGAAGUUGUUGUGAAGGAAGAACUGCAGAAACCAGUCCUUGAUCUGAAGUUAAGUGGUGUGCUAACUGUAAAAGCAGGUGACUCUAUUAGACUUGAGGCAGGACUUAAAGGCAAGCCCCAACCAGAAGUUGUAUGGACAAAGGACAGAGAUGCCACAGAUUUAACCAAAUUUCCAAGAGUCACAAUUGAAACAACUUCCAAUUCAUCUAAAUUUGUUCUCACAAAAUCUAAGCGUAGUGAUGGUGGUAAAUAUGUGAUUACUGCAACUAAUGCAGCUGGUAGUUUUGUAGCUUAUGCUACCGUUAAUGUUUUGGAUAAACCUGGUCCUGUAAGAAAUUUGAAGAUCUCCGACAUUUCAAGUGAUAGGUGUACUGUCAACUGGGACCCACCUGAAGAUGAUGGUGGUUGUGAAAUACAAAAUUACAUCUUAGAAAAAUGUGAGAGCAAGCGUAUGGUUUGGUCUACAUACUCUGCUGCUGUUCUAACAACGCAUGCAAAUGUGACACGCCUCAUAGAAGGCAAUGAGUAUAUCUUCAGGGUUCGUGCAGAGAAUAAGAUGGGCACUGGCCCUCCAACAGAAACAAAACCAAUUAUUGCAAAAACAAAGUAUGACAGACCUGGCCGUCCUGAUCCCCCCGAAGUCACUAAAGUCAGUAAAAAUGAGAUGACUGUAGUCUGGAACCCACCAGAAUAUGAUGGUGGCAAAUCAAUUACAGGAUAUAUAUUAGAGAAGAAAGAGAAACGAGCAUUAAGAUGGGUUCCUGUUACUAAGAGUGCAAUCCCAGAGAGACGCAAGAAGGUUAUAGAUCUCAUUCCAGGACAUGAAUACCAAUUUCGUGUCAAGGCUGAAAAUGAAAUUGGUCUUGGAGAACCAAGCUUGCCAUCGAGACCGGUAGUGGCAAAAGACCCAAUAGAACCUCCUGGUCCUCCAACUAAUCUGAAGGUGGUUGACAGCACAAAGAGUUCCAUCACUCUUGGCUGGGGAAAACCAGUCUAUGAUGGUGGUGCACCAAUUAUUGGAUAUGUUGUGGAAAUGAGACCAAAAGGUGAAAGUGUAGCUCCUGAUGUAGGAUGGAAACGAUGUAAUGUUGCUGCACAAGUUAUUCAUACAGAAUUUACAGUUACCAGCCUGGAUGAGAAACAACUAUAUGAGUUCCGGGUUUGUGCCCAAAACCAGGUUGGCAUUGGCCGACCAGCUGAACUGAAGGAAGCUGUGUCUCCUAAAGAAAUACUUGAACCUCCUGAGAUUGAUUUGGAUGCAAGCCUAAGAAAAUUAGUCACAGUCAGAGCAGGAUGUCCCAUUAGACUUUUUGGCAUUGUUAGAGGGCGACCAGCACCUAAAGUCACCUGGAGGAGAGUGGGCAUUGAUAAUGUGGUCAGAAAAGGACAGGUUGAUCUGGUUGACACUAUGGCCUUCCUUGUCAUCCCCAAUUCUACACGUGAUGAUUCAGGAAAAUAUUCUUUGACAGUUGUUAACCCAGCUGGAGAAAAGGCCGUAUUUGUGAAUGUCAGAGUCCUUGAUACUCCUGGACCUGUAGCCGAGUUCAGUGUUUCAGAUGUCACAAAAAUGUCAUGUCAGCUUUCAUGGGUACCUCCUGAGAAUGAUGGUGGUAGUCCAGUAACUCACUACAUCCUGGAGAAACGUGAGGCUGACAGAAAGACCUGGUCAACAGUCAUUCCAGAUGUAAAGAAAACUAGUUUCAAAGUAGUUAAUCUUGUACCUGGAAAUGAAUACUUCUUUAGAGUAACUGCUGUCAAUGAAUAUGGUCCAGGUGUUCCAACAGAAGCACCAAAACCAAUCUUGGCAUCAGAUCCACUGAGUGAACCUGAUCCACCAAGAAAACUUGAAGUUACUGAAAUUACAAAGAACAGUGCAACUUUAGGCUGGUUGCCACCACUGCGUGAUGGAGGCUCUAAAAUUGAUGGAUAUAUUAUUAGCUACAAAGAAGAACAACAACCUGAGGAUCGCUGGACACAAUAUUCCGUUGUCAAAGAUCUGAACAUUGUUGUAGUCGGCCUGAAAGAAGGAAAGAAAUACCAAUUUAGAGUGGCAGCUAGAAAUGCUGUAGGAGUAAGUUUGCCAAGAGAAACUGAAGGAAUAUUUGAAAUUAAAGAACAACUCAUGCCACCUAAGAUCCUGAUGCCAGAUCAUGUUAAUAUUAAAGCUGGGCAGAAACUCAGAAUUGAAGCUUAUGUCUAUGGGAAACCUCAGCCAAUCUGUAAAUGGAUGAAAGGAGAACAAGAUGUAUUUACAUCCAGUCGUCUGGCUGUGCAUAAAGCAGAAAACUCUUCUGUUCUCAUAAUUAAGGAUGUGACUAGGAAAGACAGUGAUUACUACACUCUUGCAGCAGAAAACAGCUCGGGUAUUGCCACUCAGAGAAUCAGAGUGGUAGUCAUGGAUGCCCCAGGUCCACCACAGCCUCCAUUUGACAUUUCUGAUAUAGAUGCUGAUGCUUGCACACUUGCAUGGCAUAUGCCUCUCGAAGAUGGUGGCAGUAACAUUACAAACUAUGUGGUUGAAAAGUGUGAUGUAAGCCGGGGAGACUGGAUAACAGCUGUAGCUUCUGUCACAAAGACAAGCUGCAGAGUUGGAAAACUGACCCCUGGACAAGAGUAUAUGUUCCGUGUUCGUGCUGAAAAUCGUUUUGGCAUUUCUGAGCCACUCACAUCUGACAAGAUGGUUGCAAGGUUCCCAUUUGAUGUUCCAAGUGAACCAAAAAAUGCACGUGUUACCAAGGUCAACAAGGACUGUAUUUUUGUGGCAUGGGACAAACCAGACAGUGAUGGAGGCAGUCCAAUUACUGGUUACCUCAUAGAGCGUAAAGAAAGAAAUAGUUUGCUGUGGGUGAAGGCUAACGAUACACUUGUGCGUUCUACAGAGUAUCCUUGUGCAGGUCUAAUUGAAGGUCUCGAGUAUACUUUCAGAAUUUAUGCCCUGAACAAAGCUGGAGCAAGCAAACCUAGCAAGCCAACUGAUUUUGUUACUGCAAGAGCCCCAGUUGAUCCUCCUGGUAAACCUGAAGUUAUUGAUGUCACUAAGAGUACUGUGUCACUUGUAUGGACAAGACCAAAGCAUGAUGGUGGAAGCAAAAUUAUUGGCUACUUUGUUGAAGCUUGCAAACUGCCUGGUGAUAAGUGGGUACGAUGCAAUUCUACUCCGCAUCAAAUUCCUCAAGAAGAAUACACUGCUACUGGUUUGGAAGAAAAUGCUCAAUAUCAAUUUAGAGCAAUUGCCAAGACAGCAAUUAACAUUAGCCGGCCUUCUGAACCUUCUGACCCAGUGACCAUUCAGGCAGAAAAUGUUCCUCCCAGAAUAGAGCUAGAUGUAUCUAUGAAAUCACUGCUUACAGUAAAAGCUGGAACUAAUGUUUGUCUUGAAGCUAAUGUGUAUGGCAAACCUAUGCCAACAAUUACUUGGAAGAAAGAAGGAGAUGUUUUAAAACCAGCUGAAGGCAUUAAGAUCACCACUAAGAGAAACCUGUCCACUGUGGAGUUGUUCAGCGUUAACAGGAAGCAGACAGGAGACUAUACUAUUACUGCUGAAAAUGCAAGUGGUUCCAGAUCAGCAACCAUUAAGCUUAAAGUGCUUGAUAAGCCUGGUCCUCCGGCCUCAGUUAAAAUCACCAAUAUGUGUGCAGACCGUGCAAUGCUUUCUUGGGAGCCUCCUCUUGAAGAUGGAGGUUCAGAAAUUACUAACUAUAUUGUUGACAAACGUGAAACAAGCAGACCAAAUUGGGCCCAAGUCACUGCCAAUGUACCAAUUACGAGCUGCAGUGUGGAAAAACUGAUAGAAGGACAUGAAUAUCAGUUCCGCAUUUGCGCUGAAAACAAAUACGGUGUGGGAGAGCCCAUCUUCACUGAGCCAACAGUUGCUAAAAAUCCAUACGAUGUACCAGGGCCUUGCGAUCCACCUGUAAUUAGUAAUAUAACAAAAGAUUUUAUGACUGUUAGCUGGAAGCCACCAGCUGAUGAUGGUGGGUCCCCUGUGACUGGAUAUAUACUUGAAAAACGUGAAACUAAGACUGUUAACUGGACAAAGGUAAACAGGAAGCCUGUCAUAGAAAGAACCGUAAAGGCCACUGGACUCCAAGAAGGAACGGAAUAUGAGUACAGAGUGACAGCACUGAAUAAGGCUGGACCAGGCAAACCUAGUGGACCAUCUAAGGCAGCAUAUGCUCAUGAUCCUCAGUAUCCUCCUGGCCCUCCGGCCUUCCCAAAAGUGGUUGACACAACCCGUAAUUCUAUAAGCCUGUCUUGGAGCAAACCAGCAUAUGAUGGCGGAAGCCCCAUUAUUGGUUAUCUAGUUGAAGUAAAAAGAGCUGACACAGACAACUGGGUCAGAUGCAAUCUGCCAAAAAACCUACAGGAUACCCAUUAUGUGGUAACUGGACUGUCAGAAAAUACAGAAUAUCAGUUCCGUAUUUAUGCUGUCAAUAAGAUUGGAUACAGUGACCCAAGUGAUGUACCUGACAAACACCUUGCCAAAGACAUUUUAAUUCCACCUGAGGGAGAUCUCGAUGCAGAACUGAGGAAAGUACUUGUAUUACGUGCUGGAGUCACAAUGAGGAUUUAUGUGCCAGUAAGAGGACGUCCACCUCCAAAGAUUAGUUGGUCUAAAGUGAAUGCCAACAUAAGAGACAGGAAAGGGCUAGAUAUCAAGUCAACUGAUUUUGACACUUUCCUACGCUGUGAAAAUGUAAACAAAUAUGAUGCUGGAAAAUAUGUCUUGACUCUGGAGAACAGCAGUGGUAAAAAAUCAUACACCAUGGUUGUGAAAGUACUUGAUACUCCUGGACCUCCUAUUAAUCUGAUUGUAAAAGAAGCAUCUAAGGAUUCUGCCUUUAUUUCCUGGGAGCCUCCUCUAAUUGAUGGUGGCAGUCCAGUCACAAACUAUAUUGUUGAAAAACGGGAUGCAGAGAGAAAAUCAUGGUCCACAGUUUCAACUGAAUGCCCAAAGACAAGUUUCAGGAUAACUAAUUUGGAGGAAGGGAAAUCAUACUUUUUCAGGGUGCUCGCUGAAAAUGAAUACGGCAUUGGUGACCCCUGUGAAACUCGGGAUGCUAUUAAAGCUUCUGAAACACCCGGCCCAGUUGUCGACCUAAAAGCUUUGGCUGUAACAAAGUCAUCCUGCAAUCUAGCCUGGAAAAAGCCUAUCAGUGAUGGUGGAAGCCGUAUCAUUGCAUAUACUGUUGAGAUUAUGACUGCUGAUGAUUCAUGGCAAGAAGUUAUGAGGUCAAAGAACCUCCAGUUUUCAACUAAAGAUUUGACGGAAGGGAAGGAGUAUACUUUCAGAGUAAGAGCACAGAAUGAUGCUGGAUAUGGAACUCCAAGUGAGAUUACAGUUGUGGCAAGAGAUGAUGUUGUGGCACCUGAUCUUGAUUUAAGAGCUCUACCUGAUUUGUGCUAUUUAGCCAAAGAAGGUAGUAGUUUCCGUCUUAAAAUCCCAAUUAAAGGAAAACCUGCCCCAACUGUGACAUGGAAGAAAGGUGAAGACCAAGUACUCACUGAGACUGGAAGAGUUGCCUUUGAGUCUACAGCAGUUAACACCACUCUUUUGGUACGUGACUGCCAGAAAGAUGAUGCUGGAAAAUACACAAUCACUCUGAAGAACAGUGCUGGCAGUAAGGAAGGCACUAUUUCCGUAAAAGUUGUUGGCAAACCUGGCAUCCCAACCGGACCUGUGAAAUUUGAAGAAGUCACAGCUGAUGCUAUAACCUUAAAAUGGGGACCUCCAAAAGACGAUGGUGGUUCAGAAAUCACUAAUUAUAUCAUAGAAAAGAGAGAUAAUAUAAACAAUAAAUGGGUGACAUGUGCUUCUGCUGUCCAGAAAACUACAUUUAGAGUUUCAAGACUUCAUGAGGGAAAUGAAUAUACUUUCAGGAUCAGUGCUGAAAAUAAAUAUGGAGUAGGAGAAGGCCUUAAAUCUGACCCUGUGGUUGCAAGACAUCCAUUUGAUGUGCCAGAUGCUCCUCCACCACCCAAAAUUGUUGAUGUUAGGCAUGAUUCUGCAUCUCUAACUUGGACUGACCCAAAGAAAACUGGUGGCUCACCAAUCACAGGUUAUCACCUUGAAUUUAAAGAAAGAAAUAGCCUUCUGUGGAAGAGAGCUAACAAGACUCCAUUAAGAAUGAAAGACUUCAGAGUAACAGGGUUAACUGAAGGUCUGGAAUAUGAAUUCAGAGUGAUGGCAAUCAACCUGGCAGGAGUAGGUAAACCAAGCCUGCCAUCUGAACCAAUCGUGGCACUUGAUCCCAUUGAUCCUCCUGGGAAACCUGAAGUUAUCAAUAUAACUAGGAACUCAGUAACUCUCAUUUGGACAGAACCAAAGUAUGAUGGUGGACAUAAGUUAAUUGGCUACAUAGUUGAAAAACGUGACUUGCCUUCAAAAUCUUGGACAAAAGCUAAUCAUGUGAAUGUUCCAGACUGUGCAUUUACUGUAACUGACCUUGUUGAAGGUGGGAAGUAUGAGUUCAGAAUUAGAGCAAAGAACACUGCUGGUGCUAUCAGUCCACCAUCAGAACCUACAGGAACCAUAAUAUGCAAGGAUGAGUAUGAGGCACCAACUAUUGUUAUUGAUCCUACAUUGAAAGAAGGCUUGACCGUUAAAGCAGGAGAUACAAUUACAAUGUCUGCUAUUAGCAUCCAUGGCAAACCACUUCCAACUUCAGCAUGGUCCAAAGCAGGAAAAGACUUUAAGCCUUCAGAUAUUGUACACAUUGAAACAACUCCAACUUCCUCCACACUUAAUGUCAAAUAUGCAGCCAGGAAAGAUUCUGGUGAAUACACAAUCACUGCAAGCAAUCCUUUUGGAACUAAACAGGAGCAUGUGCAUGUGAAAGUUUUAGAUGUACCUGGACCCCCUGGGCCUAUUGAGGUCAGCAACGUCUCAGCUGAAAAAGCUACUCUUACCUGGUCACCUCCUGCAGAAGAUGGUGGAUCACCCAUCAAGUCUUAUGUACUUGAAAAGAGAGAAACUAGCCGACUCCUGUGGACUUUAAUUGCUGAAAAUAUAGAAACUUGCAGGCAUGUUGUUAGCAAGCUCAUUCAAGGAAAUGAAUACAUCUUCCGUGUCUCAGCUGUGAACCAGUAUGGCAAGGGUGAACCAGUACAGUCAGAACCAGUUAAAAUGGUGGAUAGAUUUGGUCCCCCAGGUCCUCCUGGAAAACCGGAAGUAACAAAUGUGACUAAAAAUAGUGCAACUGUUACCUGGAAAAGGCCAAUUGAUGAUGGUGGUAGUGAGAUCACAGGCUACUAUGUGGAAAGGAAAGAAAAGAAAGGUUUGAGAUGGGUCAGAGUAACGAAGAAACCAGUUUCAGACCUUAGAUGCAAAGUGACUGGACUCCUAGAAGGAAAUGAAUAUGAAUUCCGCGUCAGUGCAGAAAAUAGAGCAGGGGUUGGACCACCAAGUGAUGCUUCAAACCCAGUACUAAUUAAAGACGCUGCAUAUCCACCAGGUCCACCUUCAAACCCACGAGUGAUUGAUACUACAAAGACCAGUGCUUCUUUAACAUGGGGCAAACCUCAUUAUGAUGGUGGACUUGACAUCAUUGGCUACAUAGUAGAACAUCAAAAGGAAGGGGAAGAAGAAUGGGUAAAAGACACAACAGGAACUGCUUUAAGAAUCACUGAAUUUGUUGUUGCUAAUCUCCAGCCAGGAGCCAAAUACAAUUUUAGAAUCAUUGCCAUCAAUGCUGUGGGUGCUGGUGAACCAGCACAAAUUCCAAGUGUUGAAAUCAAAGAUCGGGAAAUGAUUCCUGAUUUUGAAUUAGAUGCUGAGCUGAGAAGAACACUUGUUGUUAGAGCUGGGCUGAGUAUUCGGAUAUUUGUGCCAAUUAAAGGUCGUCCAACUCCUGAAGUUACAUGGACAAAAGAUGAUAUCCCACUUAAAGCACGUGCCAACAUUGAAAAUACAGACUCUUUUACUCUUCUAAUUAUGACAGAGUGUAAUAGAUAUGAUGCUGGAAAAUAUAUAAUGACCCUUGAAAAUGCUGCUGGUAAGAAAACUGGCUUCGUAAAUGUAAAAGUCUUGGAUACACCAGGACCACCAAUAAAUCUUAAGCCUAGGGAAAUAACUAAAGACAGCAUCGUCCUGCACUGGGAUAUGCCUCUAUUAGAUGGUGGCUCACGUAUAACAAAUUAUAUUGUUGAAAAACGUGAAGCAACACGAAAGGCAUAUUCAACAAUCACCACCAACUGCCAGAAAUGUUCCCUUAGGAUUCCUAAUUUGGUUGAAGGAUGUGAAUAUUACUUCAGAGUGCUGGCUGAAAAUGAGUUCGGUAUUGGUGAACCAGCUGAAACUACAGAACCUGUAAGAGCCUCUGAAGCACCAUCACCACCUGAGAGCCUCAAUAUUAUGGAUAUAACAAAGAGCACAGUUAGCCUUGCUUGGCCAAAGCCAGAACAUGAUGGUGGAAGCAAGAUCACUGGUUAUAUAAUUGAAGCACAGAAAAAAGGUUCCACUCAAUGGACACACAUCACAACUGUGAAAACGUUAGACUGUGUAGUGAAGAAUCUAACUGAAAAUGAGGAAUACACUUUCCAGGUUAUGGCAGUUAAUAGUGCUGGAAGAAGUGAUCCAAGAGAGAGCAGACCAGUUGUUGUUAAAGAGCAGAUGAUGCUUCCUGAAUUUGACCUCCGUGGAAUCUACCAGAAAUCGGUCAUUGCCAGAGCUGGUGACAACAUCAAAAUUGAGAUCCCUGUGCUUGGUCGUCCAAGACCAACUGUGACAUGGAAAAAAGAAGACCAGCUGCUUAAACAGACACACAGGGUAAACUUUGAAAACACUGCAACCGCGACCAUACUAACCAUCAACGAAUGCACAAGAAAUGAUAGUGGCCGAUAUCCCCUAUCAGCUAAAAAUAUUGUUGGAGAAGUUAGUGAUGUGAUUACUGUCCUGGUUCAUGAUAUUCCUGGCCCUCCUAUGGGACCCAUCAAAUUUGAUGAAGUUUCAUCUGACUUUGUAAUUUUCUCAUGGGAACCUCCUCAGAAUGAUGGAGGGGUACCAAUAAGUAAUUAUGUUGUAGAAAUGCGUCAGACUGACAGUACCACAUGGACUGAGUUAGCAACCACUGUUAUACGUACCAUGUUUAAAGCUACUCAUCUUACUACUGGAGUUGAGUAUCAGUUCCGUGUUAAAGCUCAAAACAGAUAUGGAACAGGUCCAGCCCUUUCUUCAGAACCUGUAAUUGCCAACUAUCCAUUUAAGGUUCCUGGGCCUCCAGGUACUCCUCAGGUGAUUGCAGUCACAAAAGAGUCAAUGACCAUUAGCUGGAAUGAGCCUGUUACUGAUGGUGGAAGUCCAAUUUUGGGAUAUCAUGUUGAAAGAAAAGAACGAAAUAGCAUUCUUUGGCAGACUGUAAGUAAAGCAUUGGUGGUAGGCAAUCUCUUUAAAUCAAGUGGACUUACUGAUGGCAUUGCAUAUGAAUUCCGUGUUAUAGCAGAAAAUAUGGCUGGCAAAAGUAAACCAAGCAAACCGUCUGAUCCAGUGUUUGCUCUAGACCCUAUAGAUCCUCCUGGUAAACCAAUACCUCUCAACAUUACAAGACAUGCAGUAACACUUAAGUGGACUAAACCAGAAUAUAAUGGAGGUUUUAAGAUAACUGGUUACACUGUUGAAAAGAGAGACCUUCCUAAUGGUCGUUGGCUAAAGGCUAACUUUAGCAAUAUACUAGAGACAGAUUUCACUGUAAGUGGUCUGACAGAAGAUGCUGCUUAUGAAUUCCGUGUGAUUGCCAGAAAUGCUGCUGGGGCAGUUAGCCAACCAUCUGAGCCAUCAGAUGCAAUAACGUGCAGAGAUGACAUUGAAGCACCAAGGAUAAUGGUGGAUGCCAAAUACAAGGACACUUUAGUACUGAAAGCAGGUGAAGUUUUCAGACUUGAGGCUGAUGUUACAGGUCGACCUCCACCAACCCUGACAUGGACAAAAGAUGAAAAAGAGCUAGAAGACACAGGAAAAUUAGAAAUAAAAAAGGCAGAUUUCUCUACUGUUGUGAUCAACAAAGAUUCUGCCAGAAGAGAUGGCGGUGCAUAUACGCUUACUGCAUCUAAUCCUGGUGGCUUUGCAAAGCAUAUCUUCAAUGUUAAAGUUCUUGAUAGACCUGGUCCACCCGAAGGGCCUUUGGCUGUGUCUGAGGUUACAAGUGAAAAAUGCGUACUGUCAUGGUUACCACCUCUGGAUGAUGGAGGAGCAAAGAUUGACCACUAUGUCGUUGAAAAACGAGAAACUAGCAGACUAGCAUGGACAAACGUGGCCUCAGAAGUUCCAAUAACUAAACAGAAGGUCACUAACCUAUUAAAAGGCAAUGAAUAUGUGUUCCGUGUUAUGGCUGUUAACAAAUAUGGGGUUGGCGAAGUCCUGGAAUCAGAGCCUAUUCUUGCAGUAAAUCCAUAUGUGCCACCUGAUCCGCCCAAAACACCGGAAGUUACAGCAAUUACAAAAGAUUCUAUGAUUGUCUGUUGGGGACGUCCUGAUUCUGAUGGUGGAAGCCCAAUAACCAAUUACAUUGUAGAACGCCGUGACAGAGCUGGACUACGCUGGGUGAAAUGUAACAAACGGGUUGUUACGGACUUACGUUAUAAAGUAUCUGGACUAACAGAAGGUCAUGAGUAUGAAUACAGAAUAAUGGCUGAAAACGCUGCUGGAAUUAGUGAACCAAGUCCAACCAGUCAAUUCUAUAAAGCCUGUGAUACUGUGUUUAAGCCUGGUCCACCAGGUAAUCCUCGUGUCUUGGACACUAGCAAGUCCUCAAUUACAAUAGCUUGGAAUAAACCAAUUUAUGAUGGUGGCUCAGAAAUCACAGGUUAUAUGGUUGAGAUAGCACUACCUGAAGAAGAUGAAUGGAAAAUUGUAACUCCAUCAGCAGGACUGAAGGCUACUUCUUUUACCAUCACAGAUCUUAAAGAAAACCAGGAGUAUAAGAUCCGAAUAUAUGCCAUGAAUUCUGAAGGCAUUGGAGAACCUGCCCUUGUUCCUGGAUCACCAAAGGCUGAAGAAAGAAUGCUACCUCCAGAGAUUGAGCUGGAUGCAGAACUACGUAAAGUUAUCAAUAUCAGAGCCUGCUGUACUUUAAGACUCUUUGUCCCAAUCAAAGGAAGACCAGCACCUGAAGUGAAAUGGACAAGAGAACAUGGAGAGUCUUUAGAUAAAGCUACUAUUGAAUCAACAAGCUCUUAUACUCUACUUACUGUUGGAAAUGUAAAUAGAUUUGACAGUGGCAAGUAUAUAUUGACAAUAGAAAAUAGUUCAGGCAGUAAAUCAGCAUUUGUAAAUGUCAGGGUUCUUGAUACACCUGGAGCACCACAAGAUUUGAAAAUAAAAGAAGUCACAAAAUCAUCUGUUACACUCACAUGGGAGCCUCCUCUCAUAGAUGGAGGUUCAAAAAUAAAAAAUUAUAUUGUUGAAAAGCGUGAGUCAACAAGAAAAGCUUAUUCAACGGUUAUUGCCAAUUGCCACAAGACCAGCUGGAAAGUAGACAACCUGCAGGAAGGUUGCAACUAUUAUUUCAGAGUCCUAGCUGAAAAUGAGUAUGGAAUAGGCCUUCCAGUUGAAACUCCAGAAUCAGUGAAAGUGUCAGAAAGACCACUGCCCCCAGGAAAGAUAACUGUGUUGGAUGUGACAAGAAAUAGUGUAUCCUUGUCAUGGGAAAAACCUGAACAUGAUGGAGGUAGCAGAAUUCUGGGUUAUAUUGUAGAAAUGCAAAGCAAAGGCAGUGAAAAAUGGGCAACGUGUGCUACAGUAAAAGUUACUGAAGCCACUAUAACUGGACUGAUACAAGGGGAGGAAUAUUCCUUCCGUGUUUCAGCUCAGAAUGAAAAAGGUAUCAGCGAUCCUCGACAACUGGGCAUACCUGUUGUUGCAAAAGAUCUUGUGAUUCCACCAGCUUUCAAAUUAUUGUUCACCACUUUCAGUGUCCUAGCAGGAGAGGACUUAAAGAUUGACAUCCCAUUUGUUGGUCGACCCAAACCAGCUGUAUUAUGGCAUAAAGACAAUGUGCCACUGAAACAGACUACUAGAGUAAAUGCAGAAAGUUCAGAAAACAGCACAUUGCUAACAAUAAAAGAAGCCUGCAAAGAGGAUGUUGGACCAUAUAUAGUCAAACUUACAAAUUCUGCAGGUGAAGCUACUGAAACUCUUAAUAUUGUUGUCCUUGAUAAACCAGGGCCUCCAACUGGACCAGUAAAGAUAGAUGAAGUAACAGCAGAUAGUAUCACCAUUUCCUGGGAACCACCAAAAUAUGAUGGUGGCAGCUCUAUCAACAAUUAUAUUGUAGAAAAACGGGACACUUCUACUACUGUCUGGCACAUUGUGUCAGCUACUGUUGCCAGAACAACAAUAAAAGCAUGUAGAUUAAAGACUGGAAGUGAAUAUCAGUUCAGAAUUGCAGCUGAGAACAGAUAUGGAAAGAGUACAUAUCUCACAUCAGAGUCUGUUGUAGCCCAAUAUCCAUUCAAAGUUCCUGGUCCACCUGGAACACCUUUUGUAUCGGCUCGCUCAAAAGAUAGCAUGGUGGUACAGUGGCAUGAACCAGUUAAUGAUGGAGGUAGCAAGAUCAUUGGGUACCAUUUGGAACGCAAAGAAAGAAAUAGCAUCCUCUGGGUUAAACUAAACAAAACAUCUAUUCCUGACACUAAAUUUAAGACAACUGGCCUUGAAGAGGGACUUGAAUAUGAGUUCAGAGUUUAUGCAGAAAAUAUAGUGGGUAUUGGAAAGGCAAGUAAAGUAUCUGAAUGUUAUACAGCACAUGACCCAUGUGAUCCUCCAGGUCGUCCAGAACCUAUAAUUGUCACAAGGAACUCAGUAACCCUUCAGUGGAAGAAACCUGAAUACGAUGGUGGAAGCAAAAUCACAGGCUAUGUUGUUGAAAAGAAGGAGUUACCAGAUGGUCGCUGGAUGAAAGCAAGCUUUACAAAUGUCAUUGAGACUCAGUUUGCAGUAACUGGCCUAGUGGAAAAUCAGAGGUAUGAGUUCCGUGUCAUAGCAAGAAAUGCUGCAGGUGUUUUCAGUGAACCAUCUGAAAGCUCAGGGGCAAUCACAGUCAAAGAUGAAGUAGAGCCACCUCGUAUAAGUAUGGAUCCAAAAUAUAAAGAAACAAUUAUAGUAAAUGCUGGUGAGUCAUUCAAGAUUGAUGCUGAUGUUUAUGGCAAACCAUUACCUUCCAUUCACUGGCUAAAAGGUGAUCACGAAUUAGCAAACACAGCUCAUCUGGAAAUAAAAAGCACAGAUUUUGCAACAAGCCUCAGUGUAAAAGAAGCCAUUCGUGUUGAUAGUGGUCAUUAUGUACUGCUGGCAAAGAAUGUUGCAGGUGAAAAAACAGCUUCUGUUCAUGUCAAAGUUCUUGAUAGACCUGGGCCACCUGAAGGUCCUGUUGAUAUAACAGGAGUUACUGCUGAAAAAUGUGUAUUGGCUUGGAAACCCCCACUACAGGAUGGUGGUAGUAAUAUUUCACACUACAUUGUAGAAAGAAGAGAAACUAGCCGCUUAGUUUGGACUGUAGUGGACUCCAAUGUGCAAACCCUUAGUUGCAAAGUUACAAAACUUUUGGAAGGAAAUGAAUAUGUCUUCCGUAUCAUGGCUGUAAACAAAUAUGGUGUUGGUGAACCUCUUGAAUCUGAACCAGUAAUUGCAAAGAACCCAUUUGUUGUGCCACUUCCACCAAAUGCCCCAGAAGUCUCAGCCAUUACCAAAGAUUCAAUGAUUGUUGUAUGGGAAAGACCAGCCUCAGAUGGCGGUAGUGAAAUUCUGGGCUAUGUUCUUGAAAAACGAGAUAAAGAAGGCAUUCGCUGGACAAGAUGCAACAAGCGUUUGGUUAGUGAACUGAGAUACAGGGUGACUGGACUUAUAGAAAACCAUGACUAUGAGUACAGAGUCUCAGCUGAAAAUGCUGCUGGUCUUAGUGAACCAAGCCUACCUUCCACUUACUAUAAGGCUUGUGAUCCUAUUUACAAGCCAGGUCCACCUAAUAAUCCCAAAGCAAUAGAUGUGACAAGAUCUUCAGUUUUCCUUUCAUGGAGCAAACCAAUCUAUGAUGGUGGCAGUGAAAUCCAGGGAUACAUUGUUGAAAAAUGUGAUGUAAGUGUUGGUGACUGGACAAUUUGUACCCCACCAACUGGAAUCAAGAAAACAAAUAUGGAAGUAGAAAAUUUAUUAGAAAAACAUGAAUAUAAAUUCCGUAUCUGUGCUGUUAAUAAAGCUGGAGUUGGAGAGCAUGCUGAUGUUCCUGGUACUGUUAUUGUUGAAGAAAAAUUGGAAGCUCCAGACCUUGAUCUUGACCUAGACUUAAGGAAAAUUGUAAAUGUAAGGGCAGGUGGUUCCUUAAGAUUAUUUGUUCCUAUUAGAGGGCGUCCAACCCCUGAAGUAAAAUGGGGUAAAAUGGAUGGUGAGAUCAGAGAGGCAGCUAUUAUUGACAUUACUAGCAGCUUUACUUCCCUUGUUCUUGACAAUGUUAACAGAUUUGAUACUGGAAAAUACACCCUUACUUUAGAAAACAGUAGUGGAAUAAAGUCUGCCUUUGUCAGUGUACGGGUACUAGACACCCCAAGUCCACCUGUUAACCUAAAAAUUAAGGAGAUCACCAAAGACUCCGUUUCACUUUCAUGGGAACCUCCUUUACUGGAUGGUGGAGCUAAAAUUAAAAAUUAUAUUGUUGAAAAGCGUGAAGCAACAAGAAAGGCCUAUGCAGCUGUUGCAACAAAUUGCCACAAGACCUCAUGGAAAGUAGACCAACUUCAGGAGGGCAGCAAUUACUACUUCAGAGUCACUGCUGAGAAUGAAUUUGGAAUUGGCCUUCCUGCAGAAACCAUUGACCCAAUUAAGGUUUCUGAAGUUCCUCAACCUCCAGGGAAAAUAACAGUGGAUGAUGUCACAAGAAACAGUGUAUUGCUUAACUGGUCAAAGCCGGAACAUGAUGGUGGUAGCAAAAUCUUACAAUAUAUUGUUGAAAUGCAAGUUAAGGGCAGUGACAAAUGGUCAGAAUGUGCAUGUGUAAAAGCACUUGAAGCACUUAUUACUAACCUAACUCAAGGAGAAGAAUAUCUAUUUAGAGUAAUAGCUGUAAAUGAAAAGGGCAAGAGUGAUCCACGAUCUCUUGCAGUUCCAGUGGUCGCCAAAGACCUUGUUAUUGAACCAGAUGUAAGACCUGCAUUCCACAGUUACAGUAUCCAGGUGGGUCAAGAUCUAAAAGUAGAAAUACCAAUUUCUGGUCGACCUAAGCCGACUGUUACUUGGACAAAAGAUGGCCAACCGUUAAAGCAGACAACAAGAGUUAAUGUUAAUGAUUUGCCUAAUCUCACUGUACUGAAUAUUAAAGAAACACACAAAGAGGACAGUGGCAUGUAUGGAAUCACAGUUGCUAAUGUUAUUGGACAAAAGUCUGCAUGUGUUGAAAUUAUAACACUAGACAAGCCUGAUCCUCCAAGAGGCCCUGUAAAGUUUGAUGAUAUUAGUGCUGAAAGCAUUACAGUAUCAUGGAAUCCUCCACUGUAUACAGGUGGCUGCCAAAUCACCAACUACAUUGUUCAUAAGAGAGAUACAACAACCACUGUAUGGGAAACUGUUUCAGCUGCUGUUGCAAGAACUACCCUAAAGGUGACUAAACUGAAAACUGGCUCAGAAUAUCAGUUUAGAAUAUUUGCUGAAAACAGAUAUGGACAGAGCUUUGCCUUGGAAUCUGAACCAGUUGUAGCUCAGUACCCCUAUAAAGAACCAGGUCCUCCUGGCACACCAUUUGUAACAACAGUAACAAAAGAUUCUAUGGUUGUACAGUGGCAUGAACCAAUUAAUGAUGGUGGAAGUAAAGUUUUGGGUUACCAUCUUGAGAGAAAGGAAAGAAACAGCAUUUUAUGGACAAAAAUAAACAAGACCAUUAUUCAAGACACGCAUUAUAAAACAACUAACCUUGAAGAAAGCAUUGAAUAUGAAUUUAGGGUUUCUGCAGAAAAUAUUGUUGGUGUAGGAAAAGCAAGCAAAGUUUCAGAGUGCUAUGUAGCCCGAGACCCCUGUGAUCCUCCAGGAUGCCCAGAAGCCAUAAUUGUGAAAAGAAGCUCUAUUACUCUACAGUGGACCAAACCAGAAUAUGAUGGAGGUAGCAAGAUUACUGGUUAUAUUGUAGAAAAACGUGACUUACCUGAUGGCCGCUGGAUGAAAGCUAGCUUCACCAAUGUCAUUGAAACUCAGUUCACUGUAACAGGGCUUACUGAAGAUGAAAGAUAUGAAUUUAGAGUCAUAGCAAAGAAUGCUGCAGGUGCAAUAAGCAAACCCUCUGAUAGUACAGGACCAAUAACAGCGAAGGAUGAAGUUGAGCUUCCAAGAAUCUCAAUGGAUCCAAAAUACAAAGAUACAAUUGUUGUAAAUGCUGGAGAAAUGUUCAAACUUGAGGCUGAUGUCCAUGGAAAGCCACUACCUACCAUUAAGUGGUUCAAAGGAGAUAAGGAACUUGAAGAAACUGCUAGAUGUGAGAUAAAGAACACUGAUUUCAAGGCAUUAGUUAUUGUAAAAGAUGCCAUUAGAGUUGAUGGUGGACAGUACAUUUUACAAGCCUCUAACAUUGCAGGAACAAAGUCAGUACCUGUAAAUGUAAAAGUAUUGGACAGACCAGGUCCACCAGAAGGCCCAAUUCAAGUUACUGGAAUUACUUCUGAAAAAUGUUCAUUGUCAUGGAAUCCACCACUACAUGACGGUGGUAGUGACAUUUCUCACUACAUUGUUGAGAAGAGAGAAACUAGCCGCCUUGCUUGGACUGUUGUUGCUUCAGAUGUUGUAGCCACAAUGCUGAAAGUAACAAAACUUUUGGAAGGUAAUGAGUAUAUUUUCCGUAUAAUGGCAGUUAACAAAUAUGGUGUUGGUGAGCCUCUGGAGUCUGUUCCAGUACUUAUGAAAAAUCCAUUUGUAGUUCCUGGUCCACCAAAGGCACUGGAAAUUACCAACAUCACAAAGGAUUCCAUGACUGUCUGCUGGAGCAGGCCAGAUAGUGAUGGAGGCAGUGAAAUUAUUGGUUACAUUGUAGAAAAGAGAGACAGAGCUGGCAUCAGAUGGACAAAAUGUAAUAAACGCAGAAUUACAGAUUUGCGAUUAAGAGUCACUGGACUAACAGAAGACCAUGAGUAUGAAUUCAGAGUAUCUGCUGAAAAUGCUGCUGGAAUUGGUGAACCGAGCCAAGCUUCUCCUUAUUUUAAAGCUUGUGACCCUGUGUUUAAACCUGGUCCACCCACUAAUGCUCAUGUUGUAGAUACCACCAAAAAUUCAAUUACACUUGCUUGGGGUAAACCUAUUUAUGAUGGUGGUAGUGAAAUCCAAGGAUAUAUUGUGGAGCUCUGUAAAGCAGAGGAAGAAGAAUGGACAGUAGCUACUCCACAGACUGGGCUGUGUGUCACUCGAUUUGAGAUUAGAAAACUUAUUGAACAUCAGGAAUAUAAAGUACGAGUGUGUGCCCUCAAUAAAAUUGGUGUAGGAGAGGCUGCAUCAGUUCCUGGAACUGUUAAACCAGAAGACAAGCUUGAAGCUCCUGAACUUGAUAUUGAUUCAGAACUAAGGAAAGGAAUAUUGGUUAGAGCUGGUGGAUCUGCUAGGAUUCACAUACCAUUCAGAGGACGACCAACACCUGAAAUCACAUGGUCUCGGGAAGAAGGUGAAUUUACAGAUAAGGUUCAAAUUGAAAAAGGCAUAAACUACACACAACUAUCCAUCGAUAACUGUGAUAGAAAUGAUACUGGCAAGUACAUUCUUAAGUUAGAGAACAGCAGUGGCUCUAAGUCUGCAUUUGUUACAGUAAAAGUCCUUGACACACCAGGACCACCACAAAAUUUAGUAGUAAAAGAUGUUAAGAAAAAUUAUGCAGUACUAUCCUGGGAACUACCCGCUAAUGAUGGUGGAGCAAAAGUAAAGAAUUAUGUGAUUGACAAACGUGAGUCAACCAGAAAGGCAUAUGCAAAUGUGAGUGCUAAAUGUGGCAAAACAAGCUUUAAAGUUGAAAACCUUACAGAAGGAGCAACUUAUUAUUUCAGAGUUAUGGCUGAAAAUGAAUUUGGAAUUGGUAUUCCAGCUGAAACUAUAGAUGCUGUGAAAGCCUCAGAGCCACCUUUGCCUCCUGGGAAAGUCAGUCUCACUGAUGUGACUCACACAAGUGCAUCACUUACAUGGGAGAAACCUGAACAUGAUGGAGGUAGCAGAAUUUUGGGGUACAUAGUUGAAAUGCAGCCUAAAGGAAUAGAAAAAUGGAGUGUUGUCACUGAGACCAAAGUGUGCUGUGCAGUUGUAUCCGGUUUGAGUUCAAAUCAAGAAUAUCAGUUCCGUGUGAUAGCCUACAAUGAAAAAGGCAAAAGUGAUCCCAGAGCACUUGCAAUUCCUGUGAUAGCUAAAGAUUUGACAAUUGAGCCAAGUUUCAAGCUGAUGUUUAAUACUUACAGUGUUCAAGCUGGAGAAGAUCUUAAGAUAGAAGUACCAUUUAUUGGCCGACCCACCCCUAAGAUUACUUGGACAAAAGAUGAGCAGCCACUUAAACAGACAACCAGGUUAAAUGUUCAUGACACACCAACAUCCACUAUCUUACAUAUUAAAGAAAGUAAUAAGGAUGACUUUGGCAAAUAUGCAGUAACAGCAUCAAACACAGCAGGCAUAGCUACAGAGCACCUGAGCAUAAUUGUACUUGAAAAGCCAGGCCCUCCGCGAGGACCUGUCCGCUUUGAUGAAGUUAGCGCAAACUUUGUUGUUUUAUCAUGGGAUGCACCAGAUUAUACUGGAGGCUGCCAGAUAACCAACUACAUAGUAGAGAAACGUGACACAACCACCACCACCUGGCAGAUGGUAUCAGCAACAGUUGCAAGAACAGCAAUCAAAGUGGCAAAUCUUAAAACAAAUUCUGAAUACCAGUUUAGAAUUUGUGCUGAAAACAGAUAUGGAAAGAGCUCUCCACUGGAUUCUAAAGCAGUUGUUGUACAAUACCCAUAUAAGGAACCUGGGGCACCAGGAACACCAUUUGUUACAUCAGCUUCCAAGGAUCAUAUGAUUGUACAGUGGAAUGAACCAGUUAAUGAUGGAGGAAGCAAGGUUCUUGGCUACCAUCUUGAGCGUAAAGAUAAAAACAGCAUUCUUUGGACAAAGUUGAACAAGGCCCUCAUUCCAGACACCAAAUAUAAAACAGAUGGCCUUGAAGAAGGUCUUGAAUAUGAGUUCAGAGUUUCUGCUGAAAACAUUGUUGGCAUUGGUAAAGUUAGCAAAGUAUCUGAACUGUAUGUUGCCCGUGAUCCAUGUGAUCCACCUGGCCGCCCAGAUCCCAUUGUUAUUACAAGAAAUUAUGUUACAAUAAACUGGAAAAAACCCGAGUACGAUGGUGGUAGCAAAAUAACUGGAUAUAUUGUAGAAAAGAAAGAACUACCUGAAGGUCGUUGGAUGAAAGCCAGCUUUACAAAUGUACUAGAAACAGAAUUUACAGUAACUGGUCUUGCUGAAAACCAAAUAUAUGAAUUUAGAGUAAUUGCAAGAAAUGCAGCUGGUAGCUUGAGUGAACCAUCUGAAAGCACAGGGCCAAUUACUGCUAGAGAUGAAAUUGAAGCACCAAGAGCUUCAUUGGAUCCAAAAUACAAAGAUGUCAUUGUUGUUCAUGCUGGAGAAACCUUUGUUCUUGAGGCUGACAUCCAUGGUAAACCUAUUCCUGACAUUACAUGGUCAAAAGAUGGAAAAGAGCUUGAAGAAACAACUGCAAGAAUGGAAAUUAAAUCUACACUUCAGAGAACAACUCUCACCGUCAAAGACUGCAUAAGAAUUGAUGGAGGUCACUACUCACUUAAACUCAGCAAUGUAGGGGGUACAAAAUCUAUACCAAUCACAGUAAAAGUGCUUGACAGGCCAGGACCUCCAGAGGGUCCUUUGAAGAUUACCAGUGUCACGGCAGAAAAAUGUUACUUGGCAUGGGCCCCGCCUUUACAUGAUGGUGGUUCUAGUAUCUCACAUUACAUCAUUGAGAAGAGAGAGACAAGCAGACUUUCCUGGACACUAGUGGCAUCUGAUGUGCAAGCUCUUAACCACAAAGUAACCAGACUCCUUCCAGGCAAUGAAUAUAUUUUCCGUGUAAUGGCUGUGAACAAAUUUGGAAUCGGAGAACCACUGGAAUCUGAGCCUGUUGUGGCUUGUAAUCCAUACAAACCUCCAGGUCCUCCUUCAGUGCCAGAAGUUUCAGCAAUCACAAAAGAUUCUAUGAUUGUAAUGUGGGGUCGUCCAGUAGACAAUGGUGGAGCUGAAAUUGAAGGUUACAUACUUGAAAAGCGCGACAAAGAUGGUAUUCGAUGGACCAAGUGCCAUAAGAAAAGGCUAACAGACUUGCGGUUCAGAGUAACUGGACUUACAGAUGGGCAUUUCUAUGAAUUCAGAGUUUCUGCUGAAAAUGCAGCUGGUGUAGGUGAGUCUAGCGAGCCAUCCAUUUUCUAUCGUGCAUGUGAUGCACUGUAUCCACCAGGCCCACCAAGUAAUCCAAAGGUGACAGACACUUCCAGAUCAUCAGUGUCCCUUGCAUGGAACAAGCCUAUUUAUGAUGGUGGCGCUCCCAUUAAGGGAUAUGUUGUGGAAGUAAAAGAAGCUACUGCUGAUGAAUGGAUUACUUGCACACCACCAACAGGACUACAAGGGAAACAGUUCACUGUAACAAAACUUAAAGAAAACAAUGAAUACAAUUUCCGCAUCUGUGCCAUUAACUCUGAAGGAGUCGGGGAACCUGCAACUAUACCUGGUACAGUCAUUGCAGCUGACAAAAUAGAACCUCCUGAAAUUGAACUAGAUGCAGAUCUCAGAAAAGUAGUCACUGUACGUGCGAGUGGUACAUUACGUCUGUUUGUUACCAUCAAAGGAAGACCAGAACCUGAAGUCAAAUGGGAAAAAGCAGAAGGCACCAUUAGUGACCGAGCUCAGAUUGAGGUUACCAGUUCAUAUACAAUGCUCGUCAUUGAUAAUGUAAACAGAUUUGACAGUGGUAGAUACAACCUGACUUUAGAAAAUAAUAGUGGCAAAAAAUCAGCUUUUGUUAAUGUCAGAGUGCUUGAUUCCCCCAGUGCACCGGUUAACUUGACAAUCAGAGAAGUUAAGAGAGAUUCAGUAGCAUUAGCCUGGGAACCACCACUUAUUGAUGGUGGAGCUAAAAUUACGAACUACAUCAUUGAAAAGCGAGAAUCUACUAGAAAGGCAUAUGCCACUGUUACAAAUAACUGCACUAAAAAUACCUUCAAAAUUGAUCAGCUACAGGAAGGAUGCAUUUACUACUUCCGUGUCUUGGCAGCAAAUGAAUAUGGAGUUGGUUUGCCAGCAGAAACAGCUGAACCAGUUAAGGUUUCUGAACCACCGUAUCCACCUGGAAAAGUAACUCUUGUUGAUGUGACUCGCAACACUGCUACGAUUACAUGGGAGAAACCAGAGAGUGAUGGUGGCAGUAAAAUUACCGGUUAUAUAGUGGAAAUGCAAACUAAAGGAAGUGAAAAAUGGAGCACUUGUACCCAAGUUAAGACACUAGAAGCAACAAUAACAGGCUUAAGUAAGGGAGAGGAAUACACUUUCAGAGUGAUUGCUAUUAAUGAAAAAGGGAAGAGUGAUCCAAGACAACUUGGAGUUCCAGUAGUUGCAAAAGAUAUUGAAAUCCAGCCUUCUGCUGAACUUCUUUUCAGUACUUUCAGUGUUAAAGCUGGAGAUGAUCUUAAGAUUGAUGUGCCGAUCAGAGGUAGGCCUCCACCAACAGCUAGCUGGAGGAAAGAUGGACAGACCUUAAAAGAGACAACUAGGGUAAAUGUUCAGACAUCAAAGACUUCAACAUUGCUGACCAUCAAGGAAGCUUCAAAGGAAGAUGUUGGAAAUUAUGAAUUAUGUAUUUCCAACAGUGCUGGAUCUACAACAUUUUCUAUCACUGUAAUUGUUCUUGACAGACCAGGACCUCCAUGUGAUGUACAUAUUGACAGUGUUAGCGCAGAUAAUGUAACUUUAUCUUGGAAACCUCCAGUGUAUGAUGGUGGCUGCCAUAUUAGCAAUUACAUUGUGGAGAAGCGAGAAACUACCACAACAAUAUGGGAUGUAGUGUCUGCAGCAGUUGCAAGAACAUCGAUUAAAGUAGCGCGUCUAACCACAGGAUCUGAAUAUCAGUUCCGUGUGUAUGCAGAAAACCGCUAUGGUAGGAGCACCUAUAUUGAGUCUCCCUCUGUUGUUGCAGAGUAUCCAUUUAAGCCACCUGGUCCACCUGGAACUCCUCAAGUAGUACAUGCAACUAAAACUUUCAUGACUGUAAGUUGGCAGGAACCAGUGAAUGAUGGAGGUAGCAAAGUAAUUGGAUAUCAUCUUGAAAGGAAAGAAAGAAGCAGCAUUCUUUGGACAAAAGUAAACAAAAGCCUCAUAAGUGAUACACAAAUGAAGGUCACUGGCCUUGAAGAAGGACUAAUGUAUGAAUAUCGUGUGUAUGCUGAAAAUAUUGCAGGAAUAGGCAAAUGCAGUAAAUCAUGUGAACCAGCUGCUGCAAGAGACCCAUGUGAUCCUCCUGGUCAGCCAGAAGUUACUAAUAUUACAAGAACAUGUGUCUCAUUGUCAUGGUCCAAACCAGAAUAUGAUGGUGGAGCUAAGAUUACAGGAUAUAUUAUUGAGUGCAGAGAGCUACCGGAUGGCCGUUGGCUAAAGUGCAAUUACACUAACAUACAAGAAACUUUCUUUGAUGUGACUGGACUUACAGAAGAUCAGCGAUAUGAAUUCCAUGUUAUUGCAAAGAAUGCUGCUGGACUCUUUAGUGCGCCAUCUGAAUCAACUGGACCUGUGACUGUAAAAGAUGAUGUUGAUGCUCCAAGAAUCAUGAUGGAUGUCAAAUUUAGGGACAUUGUUGUUGUUAAAGCUGGUGAGGUCCUUAAAAUCAAUGCUGAUAUUGCAGGACGACCUUCACCUGUGAUUUCAUGGACAAAGGAUGGCAAAGAGAUUGAGGAAAAAGCAAGAGUUGAAAUAGUCUCAACAGAUCACACUACUGCAAUAACUGUUAAGGAUUGCAUUAGACGGGAUUCGGGUCAGUAUGUAUUAACACUGCAGAAUGUUGCAGGAACAAGAUCUCUGGCUAUUAACUGCAAAGUACUUGAUAGACCCGGCCCACCUGCAGGCCCAUUAGAAAUAACUGGCCUUAAUGCUGAAAAGUGUCACCUGUCAUGGGGACCACCCCAAGAAAAUGGAGGUGCAGAUAUUGAUUACUAUAUUGUAGAAAAACGUGAGACCAGUAGAAUUGCAUGGACACUUUGUGAAGGAGAGCUUAGAACAACAUCCUGUAAAGUGACAAAACUACUUAGAGGAAACGAAUACAUCUUCAGAGUGAUGGGAGUUAAUAAAUAUGGUGUUGGUGAAGCUUUGGAGAGUUAUGCAGUCAAGGCCCUAGAUCCAUUUACAGUUCCAAAUCCACCUAAAUCUUUAGAGAUAACCAGUGUGACAAAGGAUUCCAUGACCCUGUGCUGGGCAAGGCCCGACAGUGAUGGAGGAAAUGAGAUCUCUGGAUACAUAAUUGAAAGACGUGAGAAAAAUAGCCUACGAUGGAUCCGUGUAAACAAAAAACCAGUUUAUGAUCUAAGAGUUAAGUCAUUAGGUCUUCGAGAAGGAUGUGAAUAUGAAUAUCGGGUUUAUGCAGAAAAUGCUGCUGGUCUCAGUCUUCCAAGUGACACUUCACCAUUGAUUCGGGCAGAAGAUCCAGUUUUCAUACCAUCUCCUCCAUCUAAACCUAAGAUUCUGGACUCAACAAGAUCAAAUAUAACAAUUGGAUGGACAAAGCCAUUAUUUGAUGGAGGUGCCCCAGUUACUGGAUACACAGUUGAAUACAAGAAAACUGAUGAAACUGACUGGUCAAUAGCUAUUCAAAAUUUAAGAGGCACAGAGUACAGUGUAAUUGGGCUAACAUCAGGGUCUGAAUAUGUCUUCAGAGUAAGAUCUAUCAACAAAGUUGGUGCUAGUGAUCCAAGUGAUGUCUCAGAACCUCAGGUAGCAAAGGAAAGAGAAGAAGAACCUGCCUUUGAUAUUGAUAGUGAAAUGCGAAAGACUUUAAUUGUAAAGGCUGGUGACUCUUUUACAAUGACCGUACCUUUCAGGGGAAAACCAGUCCCAAAUGUAAUGUGGAAUAAACCUGAGACAGAUCUCCGUACACGAGCAUCUAUUGAUUCUUCAGAUUAUUGUACCUCACUUACCAUAGAGAAAGCAACAAGAAAUGAUUCUGGAAAAUAUGCAUUAACAUUACAAAAUGUCCUGAGCACAGCUACCUUGACCUUAGUUGUCAAAGUUCUUGAUUCCCCAGGACCUCCAUCUAAUAUUGCUGUAAAAGAUGUAACAAAAGAAUCUGCAGUGUUAUCCUGGGAUGUUCCUGAGAAUGAUGGCGGUGCUCCUGUGAAGAACUAUUACAUUGAAAAACGAGAGGCUAGCAAGAAGGCUUGGGUCACUAUAACCAACAAUUGCCAUCGCCUUUCCUACAAAGUUACCAGCCUUCAAGAAGGUGCUGUUUACUACUUCAGAGUCUCUGGAGAAAAUGAAUUUGGUGUUGGAGUACCCACUGAGACCAAAGAAGGAGUUAAAAUAACAGAAAAACCAAGCCCGCCAGAAAAGCUUGGAGUAACUGGCGUCACUAAAGACAGCAUUUCUCUCUCAUGGUUGAAACCAGAACAUGAUGGUGGAAGCAGAAUUGUGAGCUACCUCAUUGAAGCUCUUGAGAAAGGACAGCAAAAUUGGGUUAAAUGUGCAGUUGUAAAGACAACUCAUCAUGUUGUCCACGGCCUCAAAGAGAACGUUGACUAUUUCUUCAGAGUGUGUGCAGAAAAUCAAGCUGGUCUAAGUGAUCCUAAAGAACUCCUGCUCCCUAUUACAGUGAGAGAACAACUGGAAUCUCCUGAGAUUGAUAUGAAGGGCUUCCCACAUAACACUGUGUACAUUAGAGCGGGAUCGAACCUAAAGGUUGAAAUUCCAAUUUCUGGAAAACCAUUGCCAAAGAUGACAUUAUCUAGAGAUGGUGUUCCAUUGAAAGCAACCAUGAGGUUUAAUACAGAAACCACAGCAGAAAGUGUCAUCAUUAACCUUAAAGAAAGUAUGGCUGGUGAUGCUGGUAGAUAUGACAUCACUGCUGCCAACUCCAGUGGAACCACUAAAUCAUUCAUUAACAUUGUAGUGCUAGACAGGCCAGGUCCUCCAGUUGGUCCUGUUGUUGUCAGUGAUAUCACUGAAGACAGCGUAACUCUCAAAUGGCAGCCACCGCAUAAUGAUGGUGGAAGUCAAGUUACCAACUAUAUUGUACUGAAAAGAGAAACAAGUACUGCUGCUUGGUCUGAGGUGUCUGCAACAGUUGCUAGAAGCAUUAUUAAAGUCAUGAAGCUAACAACAGGAGAAGAAUACCAAUUCCGUAUCAAAGCUGAAAACCGCUUUGGAAUCAGUGACCACAUUGAUUCACAAUGUGUAACUGUUAAGCUCCCAUACACAACACCUGGACCACCUUCCACCCCAUGGGUCACUAAUGUCACCCGAGAGAGCAUCACUGUUGGAUGGCAUGAACCAGUCACUAAUGGAGGCAGUGCAGUCAUUGGAUACCAUUUGGAAAUGAAAGAUAGGAACAGUAUUUUAUGGCAAAAGGCUAACAAGACCCUUAUUCGGACAACUCACUUCAAAGUCACCACCAUCAGCGCUGGACUUAUCUAUGAAUUCAGGGUUUAUGCAGAAAAUGCAGCUGGCAUUGGAAAAGCAAGCCAUCCUUCUGAUCCAGUUCUUGCAAUUGAUGCUUGUGAACCCCCAAGAAAUGUUCAUGUCACAGAUAUUUCCAAGACGUCUGUCAGUCUUUCUUGGACAAAACCAUCCUAUGAUGGCGGUAGCAAGAUCACUGGUUAUAUUGUCGAGAAACGUGAUCUUCCAAACGGCAGAUGGACAAAGGGCAGUUUCACCAAUGUCAUUGAGACUCAGUUUACUGUAUCUGGACUAACGCAAAAUUCUCAGUAUGAAUUCCGUGUCUGUUCUAAGAAUGCUGUUGGUUCCAUUAGCAAUCCAUCAGAUGUUUUAGGUCCUAUCACGUGUGUUGAUACGUAUGGUGCACCUGAAAUUGAUGUACAACCAGAAUACACAGAUGUGGUGAAAUACAAAGCAGGUACUGCAGUUAAGCUGAAACUUGGCAUCUCAGGAAAGCCUAUACCUACAAUUGAAUGGUUCAAAAAUGGCAAAGAGAUACAAACCAGUGCACAAGUGUCUAUUGAAAACACAACAGACUUUGCAUCUAUACUCAUCAAAGAUGCAACUCGUUUUAACAGUGGAAACUAUGAAUUAAAAUUAAAGAAUGCCAUGGGUUCAGCAUCAGCUCACAUUAGAGUGCAAAUACUUGACAAGCCAGGACCUCCAGGUGGGCCUAUACAGUUCAAGACAGUCACUGCUGAAAAGAUUACCAUAAUGUGGGAACCUCCAGUAGAUGAUGGUGGUGCAACUGUAACACACUACAUUGUUGAAAAGCGUGAGACAAGUCGGGUAGUAUGGUCUUUAAUUUCUGAAAAACUAGAGGAAUGUGUCAUCACUACCACAAAACUCAUCAAAGGAAAUGAGUAUGUGUUCCGUGUCCGAGGUGUGAACAAGUUUGGAGUCGGUGAUCCACUGGAAUCUGAACCAGUUAUAGCUAAAAAUGCAUUUGUUACACCUGGACCACCUAGUGCACCAGAGGUCACUAUGAUAACCAAGCAUUCAAUGACAGUUGUCUGGAACAGGCCAACUGUAGAUGGAGGUAGUGAAAUAAGUGGAUAUUACCUUGAGAAACGUGACAAGAAGAGUCUAAGUUGGUUCAAGGUUGUUAAAGAAACUAUCCGUGACACCAGACAGAAAGUAACAGGACUAACUGAAAACAGUGAAUAUCAUUUCCGAGUUUGUGCUGUCAAUGCAGCUGGACAAGGUCCAUUCUCUGAAGCUUCUGACUUCUACAAAGCUGCAGAUCCUAUUGACAAACCAGGGCCACCAGUUAAGCUAAAGGUUGUGGAUACUACUAAGACAUCUGUCACUCUUGGCUGGACUAAGCCUGCCUAUGAUGGAGGAAGUGCAAUUACCAGCUAUGCAGUGGAAAAGAGAGAAGGAGAACAAGAAGAAUGGUCUGUAGUCAGUGCUAGAGGAGAAGUGAGAACAACUGAGUAUGUUGUGUCCUAUCUUCAACCUGCAGUCAAUUAUUAUUUCCGUGUAUCUGCUAUAAAUUGUGCUGGGCAAGGAGAGCCUAUUGAAAUGACAGAAUAUGUACAAGCUAAAGAUAUACUUGAGGAGCCAGAGAUUGACCUGGAUGUUGCUCUCAGAACCUCCAUUGUAGCUAAAGCAGGUGAAGAUGUACAGAUAAUGAUUCCAUUCAAAGGGAGACCUCCUCCAACUGUCACAUGGAGAAAGGGUGAAAAGAAUCUUGGAAUUGAUGAAAGAUACAACAUUCAGAACACAGAAUCAUCCACAUUACUUACUAUUCCUCAAGUUACUCGAAAUGACACAGGAAAAUAUGUUCUCACAAUCGAGAAUGGAGUUGGUGAACCAAAAUCUUCAUUUGUGAAUGUUAAAGUACUUGAUACACCAUCAGCCUGCCAGAAACUGCAGCUUAAACAUGUUUCUCGUGGCACUGUUACACUUAUAUGGGAGCCACCACUCAUUAAUGGUGGUUCUGAAAUAACAAAUUAUGUCAUUGAAAAAAGAGAUGCCACCAAAAGAGCCUGGUCUACUAUUACAACAAAGUGUUCUCAUACAACAUUUAAGGUAACUAAUCUGUCAGAGAAGACUGCAUUCUUCUUCCGAGUUCUUGCAGAAAAUGAACAUGGAUUGGGAGAACCUUGUGAGACUUCAGAACCAGUGAAACCUGCGGAAGUACCUGGACCUGUAAAGGAUCUGGCCAUGAAAGAUUCUACAAAGACUUCUGUUACCUUACAGUGGAGCAAACCUGACUUCGAUGGUGGUAGCAUUAUAUCAGACUAUGUUAUUGAAAAGAAAAUGAUUGAAGAAAAAGAAUGGUCACAUGCAGGCAUAAGUAAGACAUGUGAAUUUGAAGUUGAAAAACUUAAGGAGCUUUCUGUCAUGGAAUUCAGAGUAUCUGCUAAAAAUGAAAAAGGAUUGAGUGAUGCUGUUACUGUUGGACCCAUUACAGUAAAAGACUUUGUAAUAACACCUGAAGCUGACCUUUCUGAUAUCUCUGGAGGACAAAUUACUGUAAGAAUUGGCCAUAAUAUGCACAUCGAAUUGCCAUAUAAAGGUAAACCCAGACCAACUAUGAGCUGGCUCAAGGAUAGCAUCCCUCUUAAAGAAAGUGAACAAGUUCGCUUCAAGAAAACUGAAAACAAAAUAAGUUUAAGCAUCAAGAAUGUGAAAAAAGAGAAUGGUGGCAAAUACACCUUAAUUCUUGAUAAUUCAGUUUGCAGAAAGUCAUUUACAAUCACAGUCAUAACUCUUGGUCCUCCAUCAAAACCAAAAGGACCCAUAAGACUAGAUGAAAUCAAAGCAGACAGUGUUGUGAUGUCAUGGGAUGCUCCUGAAGACAACGGAGGAGGAGAAAUCACUUGCUACAGCAUUGAGAAGAGAGAAACUUCACAAACCAAUUGGAAAAUGGUGUGUUCUAGUGUUGCUAGGACAACUUUCAAAGUUCCUAACCUAGUUAAAGACACCGAAUAUCAGUUUAGAGUUCGUGCAGAAAACAGAUAUGGCAUAAGCCCACCACUUGUCUCAGCAGAUGUUGUAGCAAAACAUCAGUUCAGACCACCAGGCCCUCCAGGCAAACCUAUUGUGUACAAUGUAACAGCUGAUGGAAUGACAAUAUCUUGGGAUGCUCCAGUUUAUGAUGGAGGUUCAGAAAUUACUGGAUACCAUGUUGAAAAGAAAGAAAGAAACAGCAUCUUGUGGCAGAAAGUUAAUGUUUCACCAAUAUCUGGUAAAGAAUACAGAAUUACUGGAUUGAUUGAGGGCCUGGAUUACCAAUACCGUGCAUAUGCUGAAAAUUCUGCUGGUGUAAGCCCAGUUAGCGAGCCAAGCAAAUUUACCUUGGCUGUGUCUCCAGUAGAUCCACCUGGCACUCCUGAUUAUAUUGAUAUCACCAGGGAAACUGUCACCCUUAAAUGGACUGCACCACUGCAUGAUGGAGGCAGUAAGAUUGUGGCCUACAGCAUCGAGAAACGGCAAGGAAGUGAUGACCGCUGGCUCAGAUGCAAUUUUACUGAUAUCAGUGAAUGCCAAUAUACAGUUACAGGACUUAGCCCAGGUGAACGAUAUGAGUUCAGAGUGAUUGCAAGAAAUGCUGUCGGAACAGUCAGCCCACCAUCACAAUCUUCAGGCUAUAUCAUGACCAGAGAUGAAUGUGUUCCUCCAACAAUAGAAUUCGGUGCUGAGCACUUUGAAGGCCUUACUGUUAAGGCUGGAGAAAGCAUUAGACUUAAAGCUCUUAUCAAAGGCCGUCCAGUACCCCAAGUGACUUGGUUUAAGGAUGGAAAGGAGAUUGAAAAGAAGAUGAAUAUUGAAAUAACGAAUGUUAUUGGAUCUAGCACUAUCUUUGUUAGAGAUGCCACUCGGGACCAUCGUGGUAUAUACAUGGUAGAAGCCAAGAAUGCAUCAGGCACCAAACAAGAAGACAUUAAAGUCAGAGUACAAGAUACUCCAGGAAAAGUUGGUGGACCAAUACGAUUCACAAAUGUUACUGGAGAGAAGAUGACAUUAUGGUGGGAGCCUCCAGCUAAUGAUGGCUGUGCUGCUAUUACCCACUAUGUGAUUGAAAAACGUGAAACCAGUAGGAUUGCCUGGGCAUUAGUUGAAGAUAACUGUGAAGCCUGCAGUUACACUGCACUUAAAUUAAUAAAGGGCAAUGAAUACCAGUUCCGUGUCUCUGCAGUUAACAAGUUUGGUGUUGGCAGGCCACUAGAGUCUGAUCCAAUUAUAGCACAAAUACCAUACACUGUUCCUGAUGCACCAGGUAUACCAGAGCCUACCCAUAUAACAGGAGACAGUAUCACACUCACAUGGGCUAGGCCAAAAUCCGAUGGCGGAAAUGAAAUCAACCAAUAUAUCCUGGAAAGAAGAGAAAAAAAGAGUGUCCGCUGGGUCAAAGUAUCCAGUAAGAGAGCCAUUGCUGAGACAAGAUACAGAGUAACGGGCCUGACUGAAGGCAAUGAAUAUGAAUUCCAAGUUAUGGCUGAAAAUGCUGCAGGAGUAGGACCUCCAAGUGCUGUCUCCAGGCUGAUUAAAUGUAGAGAGCCAGUAAACCCACCAAGUGCGCCUACUGUUGUAAAAGUGACAGAUACAUCAAAGUCAAGUGUAAGCUUGGAAUGGACCAAGCCAGUUUUUGAUGGAGGCAUGGAAAUAAUUGGCUACAUCAUUGAAAUGUGCAAAGCUGACUUAGGAGAGUGGCAUAAAGUCAAUGCAGAGACUUGUAUUGCUACCAAAUAUACUGUCACCGACUUAGAGGCAGGUGAACAUUAUAAAUUCCGAGUGAGUGCUGUUAAUGGUGCAGGCAAGGGAGAAAGCUGUGAAGUUCCUGCUACAAUCCAAGCAACUGACAGACUGUCUUCACCUGAAAUUGAUAUUGAUGCAAACUUCAAGCAGACUCACAUUGUCAGAGCGGGUGCAACUAUUCGGCUGUUUAUUGCCUUUUUAGGCAAACCAGUUCCUACUGCUACAUGGUCUAAAGCAGACUCAGACCUUAGCCUGCGUGCUGACAUUCACAUAACUGACUCAUUCAGUACAUUGACUGUGGAGAACUGCAAUAGAAAUGACGCUGGCAAAUACGUCUUUACUGUAGAAAAUGUCAGUGGUAGCAAAUCUAUUACAUUUACUGUCAAGGUACUGGACACUCCUGGCCCACCAGGUCCUAUUACCUUUAAGGAUGUGACCAGAGGUUCUAUUACUUUAAUGUGGGAUGCUCCUGUUUUGGAUGGAGGUGCCCGCAUCCAUCACUACAUUGUGGAAAAGCGGGAAGCAAGCCGUCGUAGCUGGCAGGUAGUGAGUUCAAAAUGUACUCGUCAAAUCUUUAAGGUCACUGAUCUUGCAGAAGGUGUGCCAUUCUACUACCGUGUUUCAGCAGAAAAUGAAUAUGGUGUAGGUGAACCAUGUGAAUUAACAGAGCCAGUUGUAGCCACCGAGGAGCCUGCUCCACCUAAGAGACUAGAUAUUAUUGAUACUACCAAAUCUUCUGCAGUAUUAGCUUGGUUGAAACCUGACCAUGAUGGUGGAAGCCGUGUCACUGGAUAUCUUCUUGAGAUGAAACAAAUGGGAUCUGACUAUUGGGCUGAAGCUGGUCAAACUAAACAACUUACUUUCACAGUUGAAGGUCUUCUAGAGAACAAUGAAUAUGAAUUCCGAGUCAAGGCAAAGAAUGAUGCAGGCUACAGUGAGCCAAGAGAAGCUUUCUCUUCUGUUAUUAUUAAAGAGCCACAGAUUGAACCAACAGCAGAUCUUAGUGGAAUAACUAGACAACUUAUAACUUGCAAAGCUGGAAGCACCUUUACUAUUGAUAUACCAAUUAGUGGGCGACCAGCUCCAAAAGUAACAUGGAAACUUGAAGAAAUGAGACUCAAGGAAACUGAUAGAGUGACCAUCAAGACAACAAAGGAUAGAACUACAUUGAUUGUGAAGGACAGCAUGAGAGGUGACUCUGGCAAAUAUUAUUUGACACUUGAGAACACAGCCGGUGUGAAAACAUUUGCUGUCACAGUGGUUGUCAUCGGAAGACCAGGUGCAGUUACUGGCCCUAUUGAAAUAUCAUCCAUUUCUGCUGAAUCCUGUGUGUUGUCAUGGAAAGAACCUGAAGAUGAUGGUGGCACUGAUAUUACAAACUACAUAGUUGAGAAACGAGAAUCUGGUACAACAGCAUGGCAGCUGAUAAAUUCCAGUGUCAAACGUACACAGAUCAAAGUCACUCAUCUCACCAAAUACAUGGAGUAUGCUUUCCGGGUCAGCUCAGAAAACAGAUUUGGUGUCAGCAAGCCCGUGGAAUCAGCACCAAUAGUUGCUGAGCAUCCAUUUGUCCCACCAAGUCCACCUACCAGGCCAGAGGUCUAUUCUGUGUCUGCCAAUGCCAUGGCCAUUCGCUGGGAGGAACCAUAUCAUGAUGGUGGCAGCAAAAUCACUGGAUACUGGAUUGAAAAGAAAGAGCGCAAUACCAUUCUUUGGGUGAAGGAAAACAACGUGCCAUCCUUUGAAUGCAACUACAAAGUCACAGGACUAGUGGAAGGUCUGGAAUAUCAAUUCAGAGUUUAUGCCCUAAAUGCUGCUGGUGUGAGCAAAGCUAGUGAAGCUUCCAGACCUAUAGUGGCUCAAAACCCAGUUGAUCCACCGGGCAGACCAGAGGUAACAGAUGUCACAAGGUCUACAGUGUCAUUGAGCUGGUCUCCUCCACUUUAUGAUGGCGGCAGCAAAAUUAUUGGGUAUAUUAUAGAACGCAAACCAUACAACGAAGCUGGAGAUGGACGCUGGUUGAAAUGCAACUAUACCAUUGUCUCAGAAAACAGCUUUACUGUGACAGCUCUUAGUGAAGGAGAAGAAUAUGAAUUCCGUAUAUUAGCCAAGAAUGCAGCUGGUGUAAUCAGCAAAGGAUCUGAAUCUACUGGUGCUGUCACUUGCAAAGAUGAAUAUUCACCACCAAAGGCUGAGCUGGAUGCCAGAUUGCAAGGAGAAAUUGUGACCAUAAGGGCUGGAUCUGAUCUUGUUCUUGAUGCAGCCAUUGGUGGAAAACCAGAACCAAAGGUCUUCUGGUCCAAAGGUGACAAAGAAUUGGACCUGUGUGAAAAGAUCUCUCUGCAGUACACCAGCAAACGGGCCAUUGCAGUUAUCAAGUAUUGUGACAGAAGUGAUAGUGGAAAAUACAUACUAACAGUUAAAAAUGCAAGUGGAACAAAGCAAGUUUCAGUCCUUGUCAAAGUGCUUGAUUCACCUGGUCCAUGUGCUGGCAAAAUCACUAUUAGCAGAGUAACUGAAGAGAAGUGCACUCUGGCAUGGAAUGUUCCACAUGAAGAUGGAGGUGCAGAAAUCACCCACUACAUUGUAGAAAGACGUGAAACCAGCAGGCUCAACUGGGUUAUUGUUGAGGCUGAAUGCCAAACAUUAUCAUGCGUCGUGACAAGACUUAUUAAAAAUAAUGAAUAUAUCUUCCGUGUGAGAGCUGUCAAUAAGUAUGGGUCAGGUGUUCCACUUGAAACAGAAGCCAUUGUUGCUAGAAACUCUUUCACUAUUCCAUCACAACCUGGUGCACCUGAAGCAGUGGGUAUUGGCAAGGAACACAUCAUUAUUCAGUGGCUGCAACCAGAAUCAGAUGGUGGCAGUGAGAUUAGCAACUAUCUUGUAGACAAACGUGAAAAGAGAAGUCUACGCUGGACACGAGUCAACAGAGAUUACACUGUUUAUGAUACCAGACUGAAAGUUACAGGUCUAAUGGAACAUAGUGAAUAUCAGUUCCGUGUCACUGCAGUGAAUGCUGCUGGGAACAGUGAGCCUAGUGACGCUUCUCAAUCUAUCUUGUGCAAGGAGCCAUCAUACACUCCUGCACCUCCUUCAGCUCCAAGAGUUGUGGAUACUACUAGGCACAGCAUAAGCUUGGCAUGGACAAAGCCCAUGUAUGAUGGUGGUGCUGACCUCUUAGGCUACGUUCUUGAAAUGAAAGAAGAAGGUACUGAACAGUGGUACAGACCACACACUACUGCCACCCUAAGGAAUGCUGAAUUCACAGUGACUGCUCUUAAAACAAGCCAGAAAUACCGUUUCAGAGUUGCUGCCACAAACGUAAAUGGUAUGAGUGAAUUCAGUGAAUCAUCAGCUGAAAUCGAACCUGUGGAAAGAAUAGAAAUACCAGACCUUGAACUUGCUGAUGACCUAAAGAAGACUGUCACUGUCAGAGCUGGUGGUUCUUUGCGCCUAAUGGUGUUUGUAUCUGGCAGACCACCUCCAGUAAUUACAUGGAGCAAAGAGGGUGUUGACCUUGCAAAUCGGUCUAUUAUAGACACUACAGAGAGCUACACUCUGCUUACUGUGGAUAAAGUUAAUCGGUAUGAUGCUGGCAAAUAUGUGAUUGAGGCUGAAAAUCAAUCAGGCAAGAAAUCAGCAACAGUCGUUGUUAAAGUAUAUGAUACACCUGGCCCAUCUGCCACAGUGAGAGUUAAGGAAGUGUCGAAAGAUUCCGUGACAAUUACUUGGGAAAUUCCUACUAUUGAUGGUGGAGCACCAGUUAACAAUUAUAUAAUUGAGAAACGUGAGGCUACCAUGAGAGCAUACAAGACAGUAACUACCAAAUGCAGCAAAACAUUUUAUAGACUUACUGGACUUAUAGAAGGAGCUAUGUACUAUUUCAGAGUGCUUCCAGAAAAUAUUUAUGGUAUUGGUGAACCUUGUGAAACAUCUGAUGCAGUACUGGUGUCGGAUGUUCCUAUGGUGCCUCAGAAACUGGAGGUAGUUGACAUCACUAAAUCAACUGUAACUCUUGCAUGGGAGAAACCACAGCAUGAUGGUGGCAGCAGACUGACUGGCUAUGUUAUUGAGGCCAGCAAAGCUGGAACAGAAAAGUGGAUGAAGGUUGUGACACUGAAGCCUACAGUCUUUGAGCACACAAUCAUCUCACUAAAUGAAGGUGAACAGUAUUUGUUCAGAGUCAGAGCACAAAAUCAGAAGGGUGUGUCGGAACCAAGAGAGAUUGUCACAGCAAUAACUGUACAAGACCAAAAAGUGUUACCCACAAUUGACCUUGCUGGAAUAACUCAAAAGACAGUUCAUGUGCCAGCUGGCAGACCCAUAGAGUUAGCUAUUCCAAUUGGUGGCCGACCACCUCCAGCUGUAUCUUGGUUCUUCGCUGGUUCUAAGCUAAGAGAAUCAGAACGCACCAAGAUUGAAACUGAAGCCAAAGUAGCUAAAUUAAGUGUGCGUGAGACCACAAUACAUGACACUGGGGAGUACACACUUGAACUGAAGAACACGACUGGAACUGCUGUUGAUACUAUAAAAGUUAUCAUUCUUGAUAAACCUGGACCACCCACUGGACCUAUCAGAAUUGAUGACAUUGAUUCAACUUCUGUUACCAUCUCUUGGGAACAACCUGAGCUGGAUGGUGGAGCUGCACUGAGUGGUUAUGUGGUGGAGCAGCGUGAUGCACACCGUCCUGGAUGGCUACCAGUUUCCGAAUCUGUAACAAGGACAACCUUUAAGUUCACUAGACUCAUUGAAAGUUCUGAAUAUGUGUUCCGUGUGGCUGCUACAAACCGCUUUGGAAUUGGAUCAUACCUUCAGUCUGACAUCAUAGAAUGCAAGAGUAGAAUCAGUCUUCCUGGUCCUCCUGACACUCUACAAGUGUCUGAUGUCUCUCGUGAAGGCAUGACACUUAUUUGGCAUCCACCAGAAGAUGAUGGUGGCUCACAGAUCUCUGGUUAUAUUGUGGAACGCAAAGAAGUCAGAGCAGAUAGAUGGGUCCGUGUAAAUAAAAUUCCAGUGACUAUGACACGUUAUCGCUCCACUGGACUGAUUGAAGGAUUAGAAUAUGAACACCGUGUCACAGCUAUCAAUGCCAGAGGCACGGGCAAACCAAGCCGUCCUUCCAAACCUGCUGUUGCUAUGGAUCCAAUUGCACCCCCAGGUAAACCUCAGAACCCAAGAGUUACUGAUACUACAAGAACAUCAGUGUCCCUGGCCUGGAGUCCACCAGAAGAAGAAGGAGGGUCUAAAGUUACUGGCUACUUGAUUGAAAUGCAAAAGGUUGAUCAGUUUGAAUGGACCAAAUGUAAUACCACUCCAACCAAAAUACAUGAGUACACCUUGACACAUCUACCACAAGGCGCAGAGUAUAGAUUCCGUGUGAUGGCCUGUAAUGCUGGUGGGCCUGGAGAACCUGCUGAUGUGCCAGGAACAGUCAAAGUAACAGAAAUGCUUGAAUAUCCUGAUUGUGAACUUGAGAAAUACCAGGAAGGCCUGUUUGUGAGACAAGGUGGAGUUAUCAGGCUUACAGUACCAAUUAAGGGUAAGCCCAUACCGAUAUGCAAAUGGACUAAAGAAGGCCAUGACAUCAGCAAGAGAGCAAUGAUAGCAACUUCUGAGACACACACUGAACUUGUGAUCAAAGAUGCAGAAAGAGAAGAUUCUGGUACCUAUGAUUUGGCACUUGAAAACAAAUGUGCAAAGAAGGCUGUUUAUAUCCAGGUCAGAGUGAUUGGCAUUCCAAAUCCACCUGAAGGGCCACUUGAGUAUGAUGACAUACAGACUCGCUCAGUCAGAGUAAGCUGGAGACCUCCUACCGACGAUGGUGGGGCAGAUAUUAUUGGAUACAUCAUUGAGAGGCGAGAAGUACCUAAGACUGCCUGGUACACUGUUGAUUCCAGAGUGAGGGGAACAUCAUUAGUCGUGAAAGGGCUCAAAGAAAAUGUGGAGUAUCACUUCCGUGUUUCUGCUGAAAACCAGUUUGGUAUUAGCAAGUCCCUGAAAUCUGAAGAACCAGUUGUACCAAAGACACCUUUGAAUCCUCCAGAGCCUCCAAACAAUCCACCAGAAGUACUUGAUGUCACAAAGAGCUCUGUUAGCUUAUUCUGGUCCAGACCUAAAGAUGAUGGUGGUUCUCGUGUCACUGGCUACUACGUUGAGCGUAAAGAGACAUCUACAGAGAAAUGGGUCAGGCAUAACAAGACUCAAAUCACAACUACAAUGUUCACAGUCACAGGACUUGUUCCAGAUGCUGAAUAUCAGUUCCGCAUCAUUGCCCAAAAUGACAUUGGUGAGAGUGAACCAAGCCCUGCUUCUGAACCAGUGGUGUGCAAAGAUCCAUUUGACAAACCAAGUCAACCUGGAGAAAUUGAGAUCACUUCUAUAUCUAAGGAUAGCAUUACUUUAGAAUGGGAACGGCCUGAAUGUGAUGGUGGAAAAGAUAUCCUGGGAUACUGGAUUGAAUAUCGUCAGUCUGGAGAGAGCGCAUGGAAAAAGUGCAAUAAAGAACGUAUCAAAGACAGACAAUUCACAGUGGGAGGUUUAUUGGAGGCUACAGAAUAUGAAUUCAGGGUUUUUGCAGAAAAUGAGACUGGAGUCAGCAGACCUCGAAGAACAGCUAUGACAGUAAAGACUAAACUAACAUCUGGAGAAACACCAGGCAUAAGACAAGCAAUGAAGGAUGUUACAACUAAACUGGGUGAAGCAGCUCAGUUGACAUGCCAGAUUGUUGGGAGACCUCUUCCUGACAUUAAAUGGUAUCGUUUUGGCAAAGAACUGGUACAAAGCCGAAAAUACAGAAUGUCAUCAGAUGGACGCACACAUACACUGACUGUAAUAACAGAAGAACAAGAAGAUGAAGGUGUCUACACUUGCAUGGCUACCAAUGAUGUUGGGGAGAUUGAAACUAGUGGCAAGCUACUCUUGCAGGCUCCCCCUCAGUUCCACUCUGGCUUCCCACUGAAAGAGAAAUAUUAUGCAGGUGUGGGUGGAACCCUUCGCCUCCAUAUUGUGUAUAUUGGUCGCCCAGUACCAGCUAUCACUUGGUUCCAUGACAAGAAACCUUUGAGAGACUCAGAAAACGUUACUAUUGAGAACACUGAGCAUUAUACUCAUCUUGUCAUUAAGAAUGUCCAGCAUAAGACCCAUGCUGGGAAGUAUAAAGUGCAACUAAGCAACAUAUUUGGAACAGUUGACACUGUACUUAAUGUGGAAAUACAAGAUAAACCAGAUAAACCAACAGGGCCAAUUAUUGUGGAAGCCCUACUGAAAAAUUCUGUGGUAAUCAGCUGGAAGCCACCUGAGGAUGAUGGAGGUGCUUUGAUAACAAACUAUGUGGUAGAGAAACGUGAAGCUAAGGAAGGCACAGAGUGGCAACUGGUAUCUUCAAGCAUUUCAGGCACAACAUGCAGAAUUGUUAAUCUAACUGAAAAUGCAGGCUAUUAUUUCCGUGUGUCUGCUCAGAAUACAUAUGGCAUUAGCAAAGCACUAGAGGUUUCAUCAAUUGUUGUUAUCAAAAGUCCAUUUGAAAAACCAGGGCAACCUAGUCAACCAGUAGUAACUGCUGUUACAAAAGACUCUUGUGUUGUGUCCUGGAAACCACCAGCCAGUGAUGGAGGUGCAAAGAUCAGAAAUUACUACCUCGAGAAACGUGAAAAGAAACAAAACAAAUGGAUUGCAGUAACAACAGAAGAAAUUCACGAAACAGUCUAUUCUGUGAAAAAUCUUGUUGAAGGCCUUGAAUAUGAAUUCCGCGUAAAAUGUGAAAAUCUAGGUGGUGAAAGUGAAUGGAGUGAAGUAUCACAAUCAGUCAUUCCAAAAUCUGAUGUACUAAUUCAAGCACCACAUUUCAAGGAAGAACUAAGAAACUUGAAUGUGAAAUUCAGAGCCACUGCCACAUUUGUUUGCAAAGUCACUGGUCAUCCUAAGCCUAUCGUUAAAUGGUUUAGACAGGGUAAAGAGAUCUUGCCAGACGGUGAAAAGGUUAAGAUACAAGAAUUUAAAGGUGGAUAUCACCAGCUGGUCAUUACAAAUGCAACAGAUGAUGAUGCCACUGUCUACCAAGUUAGAGCUACCAAUCAGGGAGGAUCUGUGUCUGGCACUGCCUCUUUGGAUGUUGAAGUUCCUGCUAAGAUUCACUUGCCCAAAAAUCUUGAAGGUAUGGGAGCUGUUCAUGCUCUCCGAGGUGAAGUGGUCAGCAUCAAGAUUCCAUUCAGUGGCAAGCCAGAUCCAGUGAUUACAUGGCAGAAAGGACAAGAUCUCAUUGAUAACAAUGGACAUUACCAAGUUAUUGUUACAAGAUCAUUCACCUCUCUAGUUUUUCCAAAUGGUGUAGACAGAAAAGAUGCAGGUUUCUACAUUGUUUGUGCUAAAAAUAGAUUUGGCAUUGAUCAAAAAACAGUUGAAUUAGAUGUGGCUGAUGUACCUGAUCCACCAAGGGGUCUGAAAGUAAGUGACAUUUCAAGGGAUUCAGUCAACUUGAUCUGGACUGCUCCAGCAACUGAUGGUGGAAGCAGAGUCACAAACUACAUCAUUGAGAAACGUGCUACUACAGCAGAGAGAUGGAUUCGUGUUGCACAAGCUCGUGAUACCCGAUACACUGUGGUAAACCUAUUUGGCAAGACAAGCUACCAGUUCCGUGUAAUUGCAGAAAAUAAAUUUGGGCAAAGUCAACCUUCUGAACCUACAGAGCCAAUUAUAACACAGGAAGAUAAGACAAGAAUGCUGAACUAUGAUGAAGAAGUUGAUGAGACCAGAGAAGUCACUACAGUUAAAGCAUCUCACUCUUCCACAAAGGAACUCUAUGACAAAUAUAUGAUUGCUGAAGAGCUUGGGCGUGGGCAUUUUGGAAUUGUCCACCGCUGUGUUGAAACAGUUUCCAAGAAGACCUUCCUAGCUAAAUUUGUUAAAGUAAAGGGAGCUGACCAAGUUUUAGUAAAGAAAGAGAUUUCCAUCCUAAACAUUGCUAGGCAUAGAAAUAUCUUGUAUCUUCAUGAAUCAUUUGAAAGCCUAGAAGAAUUAGUCAUGAUCUUUGAGUUCAUAUCUGGAGUUGACAUCUUUGAACGAAUUAGUACAACCUCAUUUGAACUGAGUGAAAGAGAAAUAGUAAACUAUGUACACCAGGUCUGUGAAGCACUUGAAUUCUUGCACAGUCAUAACAUUGGACAUUUUGAUAUCAGGCCAGAGAAUAUCAUUUACUUCACAAGAAGAAGCUCCAUAAUUAAAAUUAUUGAGUUUGGUCAGGCUAGACAGUUGAAGCCUGGUGACAACUUUAGACUUCAGUUUACUUCUCCUGAAUAUUAUGGACCUGAAGUACAUCAACAUGAUGUGGUCAGCACAGCUACUGACAUGUGGUCACUUGGUGCCCUAGUAUAUAUACUUCUAAGUGGUAUUAAUCCUUUCAUUGCUGAAACAAACCAACAGACUAUUGAAAAUAUCAUCAGUGCUGAAUACAACUUUGAUGAUGAAGCAUUCAAAGAUAUAAGUAUUGAGGCCAUGGACUUCAUUGAUCGCCUACUAGUAAAAGAAAGGAAGGGUCGUAUGACUGCUGCAGAAGCACUUAGUCAUCCAUGGCUGAAACAGAGGAUAGAAAAGAUCAGCACUAAGGUCAUCAAGACAUUAAGACAUAGGCGGUACUACCAGACCCUGGUGAAAAAAGAAUGGAAUACGGUUGUGUCGGUAGCUCGCAUUUCCUGUGGUGGUGCAAUUAGAUCUCAGAAAGGUGUUACAGUUGCCAAAGUGAAAGUUGCAUCAAUUGACAUUGGCCCCAUUUCUGGGCAGAUAAUGCAUGCUGUUGUAGAAGAAGGAGGGCAUGCGAAAUACACAUGUAAGAUUGAAAAUUACGAUCAGUCCACACAAGUGACUUGGUACUUUGGUAUCAGGCAACUGGAGAACAAUGGGAAGUAUGAAAUCAGCUACCAGGAAGGAGUGGCAACCAUGUAUGUUAAAGACAUUACUAAAUCAGAUGAUGGUACCUAUAGGUGCAAGGUAGUAAAUGACUAUGGUGAAGAUAGUUCCUAUGCAGAGCUAUUUGUUAAAGGUGUGAGAGAAGUUUCUGAGUAUUAUAGAUACAGAACAGUUAAGAAAGUGAAACGCCGAGUGGACACUAUGAGACUUCUAGAGAGGCCACCAGAAUUUACUUUGCCCCUGUAUAACCACACUGCCUAUGUUGGUGAACAUGUCAGGUUUGGAGUAACUAUAACCGUCCACCCAGAACCUCGAGUAACAUGGUUCAAAUCAGGUCAGAAAAUUAAACCAGGUGAUGAUGAUAGGAAGUAUGCUUUUGAAUCUGACAAAGGUCUUUAUCAACUUACCAUCCAUAAUCUUACUGAGGAUGAUGAUGCUGAAUAUAGUGUUUUGGCACGCAACAAAUAUGGUGAAGACAGUUGCAAAGCUAAGCUCACUGUAAUUCCACACCCACCUCCAGCAGACACCACAUUAAGACCAAUGUUCAAAAGACUAUUAGCAAAUGCAGAGUGCCAAGAAGGCCAAAGUGUGUGCUUUGAGAUAAGGAUAUCUGGUGUACCAAAACCAACAUUGAAAUGGGAGAAAGAUGGUCAACCUCUGUCAUGUGGUCCCAACAUUGAAAUUGUUUAUGAAGGCUUGGACUAUUAUGCUUUGCACAUCAGAGAUACUUUACCAGAAGACAGUGGUUAUUAUAGAGUUACUGCUACAAACAGUGCUGGAUCUUCAAGUUGUCAGGCUUACCUGAAAGUAGAACGCUUGACAUAUGUUAAGCAUGAAUACAAGACAGAAGAAGAGCGGGAAAAGCAUGUACAAAAACAAAUUGACAAGACACUAAGAAUGGCAGAAAUCCUUUCUGGGACUGAAACUGUUCCACUAACACAAGCUGCACAGGAAGCUCUAAGAGAAGCUGCCAUCCUGUAUAAGCCAGCGGUGAGUACUAAGACUGUUAAAGGUGUAUAUGAAAUUCAGAAGGAAGAAAUAAAGGAAGAAAGGAGACUUCGCAUGCCGUAUGAGAUACCAGAGCCUCGCAGGCAUAUACGCACUGCUCUUGAGGAAGAUCAGACCAUUAAACAGUUUGUGCCUAUGUCAGAUAUGAAGUGGUACAAGAAGCUGAGAGACCAGUAUGAAAUGCCAGGAAAACUGGACAGAAUUGUUCAGAAAAGGCCAAAGCGCAUUCGCCUUUCUAGAUGGGAACAGUUCUAUGUGAUGCCACUCCCACGCAUUUCUGAUCAGUAUAAACCUAAAUGGCGCAUACCAAAGCUGUCACAAGAUGACCUUGAAACUGUGAGACCAGCACGCCGCCGAACACCAUCUCCUGAUUAUAAACUUUAUUACAGACCAAGAAGGCGAUCACUUAGUGACCUUUCAGAUGAGGAAUUACUCCUACCUACUGAUGACUAUUUAGCCAUGAAGAGAAUUGAAGAGGAAAGACUGCGUCUUGAAGAAGAACUUGAGUUAGGCUUUUCUGCUUCACCACCAAGCAGAAGCCCUCCACGUUUUGAGCUGUCUGCCCUUCGUUAUUCUUCAGCAGGGGAGCAGGUCAGUACAGAGGAAGCCAGAAAAAGAGAGCUGAGGUACUCAACCUAUCACAUCCCAUCUAAAGCUGAAACUGGAGCAAGUUAUGCAGAACUUCGUCAACGCCAUGACAGGGCUGUCUAUAGACCACCAAAGCAAAGACAGAGAAUAAUGGAUGAGAGAGAGGAUGAAGAAUUGCUUCGUCCAGUUAUCACAACUCAGCGACUCUCUGAAUACAAGAGCGAGCUUGAGCGUAUGGCACAGGAGGAAGAGAGCAGAGUGAGGAGGAGACAGAGAGAAAUAACUGAGAUUACAUCAGAAAAAGAAGAAGAAAUAAAAAUGGUGGAACAUGUUCACAGGGAAUUUUCACCCCCCUCAAGGCUUUUAAGGAGGAGGAGAUCUCUUUCUCCAACUUACAUUGAAUUAAUGCGCCCAGUAUCUGAAUUAAUUCGGCCCCGUUCACGGCCUGCAGAAGAAACUGAAAGGAGAUCCCCUACGCCAGAGAGAACUCGGCCACGUUCACCAAGCCCAGUAACUAGUGAAAGGUCACUCUCUCGAUUUGAAAGGAUGGCCAGAUUUGAUAUCUUCUCCAGGUAUGACUCCAUGAAAGCUGCUUUGAAAACUCAGAAAACAAUGGAAAGGAAAUACGAAGUUCUGACUCAGCAGCCUUUCACCUUGGAUCAUACCCCUCGCAUCACUUUGAGAAUGCGCUCUCAUCGUGUUCCGUGCAAUCAUAAUACCAGGUUCAUUCUGAACGUCCAGUCAAAACCAACAGCUGAAGUGAAAUGGUACCAUAAUGGUAUUGAAAUCCAAGAGAGCAGUAAGAUACAUUUCACUAAUACCAGUGGUGUGUUAACCUUGGAGAUUCUUGACUGCCAUAUUGAUGACAGUGGAACAUAUCGUGUUGUAUGCACAAACUACAAAGGAGAAUGUUCUGAUUAUGCGACAUUAGAUGUUACGGGAGGAGAUUAUACUACCUACUCUUCCCAGCGCAAAGAUGAGGAAGUACCAAGAUACAUUUUUCCUGACUUGACAAAGACAGAGGCUUAUGCUGUUUCCUCUUUUAAGAAAACAUCUGCAAUAGAGGCUAGUUCUUCAGUAAGAGAGGUCAAAUCAGAAAUGACAGAGACAAGAGAAUCACUCUCGUCAUACGAACACUAUGCUUCUGCUGAAAAGAAAAUUACUGCAGCCGAAGAAAAAUCAUUGGAGGAAAGGGCUUCACUUAAGAAGUUUAAGACCACUCUUCCAGCAACAAUAUUAACAAAACCACGAUCAAUCACUGUCUCUGAAGGGGAGACUGCAAGAUUUUCUUGUGACAUUGACGGUGAACCAACACCAACAGUAACGUGGUUACGUGCAGGUCAAGCCAUUGUUUCUUCCAGGCGCUUCCAAGUCACACGAACGCAAUACAAAUCUACUUUUGAGAUUUCUUCUGUCCAGACAUCAGAUGAAGGAAGUUACAUUUUGGUGGUAGAAAACUCUGAAGGAAGACAGGAAGCACACUUUACUUUGACUGUACAAAGAGCAAGGGUUCCUGAAAAAGCAGUUACAUCACCCCCAAAAGUCAAAUCUCCUGAGCCUCGUGUGAAGUCUCCAGAGCCAGUUAAAUCACCUAAACGUGUAAAAUCCCCUGAACCACCUACUGCUCAUGCAAAAGCUAAAUCAGCAGCAGAAGGCAGGACAACUCCAGCGGAGAAAGUGCAGUUACCAACGGCUGCUCCUCCCAAGAUCACUCAGCAGCUGAAAGUGGAAGCUUGUGGAGACAAGGUAAAGUUUUCCUGUGCAGCUGAAAGCAGUAUCUUAAGUGUCAGAGAAGUAUCCUGGUAUAAAGAUGGCAACAAACUGAAAGAAGACAGCCAUUUCAUGUUUCAUUAUUCAGCAGAUGGCACCUAUGAACUCAAAAUCCAUAACCUUGCAGAGUCUGAUCAAGGUGAAUAUACCUGUGAAAUCACUGGGGAAGGUGGUGUAUCUAAAACUAACUUCCAAUUUGUUGGCCAAGUUUUUAAAAGUAUCCAUUCCCAAGUGUCAAGCAUGAUUGAAAAGUCUAAAUCAGUUGAGAAAGAGGCUGAGGCACUUAAAAUUUCUACCCAGAAGAAAUCAGCAGUGACAACUCAAGAAAAAGAAGUGGUCCAAGAAGAAAUUGUUAAAAAGUCAGCAGUUUCUGAAGAAGCCAAAAGAUCACAUGCAGAAAUUAAAGCUUCUUCCACUAAAAUGACUGUGUCUGAUGGUCAGAAAGUUACUGUGAAAGCUAACAUUGAUGAUGCAUCUGAAGUGAAGUGGGUGCUGAAUGGAAUGGAGCUACCUAACUCAGAAGAUUACAGAUAUGGUGUAUCUGGAAGUGAUCACACUCUAACCAUCAAAAAAGCUAGCCAUAAAGAUGAAGGAAUACUUACCUGUGAAGGUAAAACUGACCAAGGCAUUGUCAGAUGCCAGUUUGAUAUAACCUUUUCUACUGAGCGCUCAAAUGCACCAGCCUUCAUCACACAGCCCAAAUCUCAAAACAUUGAUGAAGGACAAGAUGUAUUGUUGACUUGUGAAAUCUCUGGGGAUCCUUCUCCUGAAAUUGAGUGGUUUAAGAAUAACCAACCAAUUGCUAUGUCAUCCAAAAUCAAUGUAAAUCGCUCCAAUACUAUAUAUUCUCUUAAUAUUCUAAAUGCUGCAGUGAGUGACAGUGGAAAAUACACAGUCAAAGCUAAAAAUUACCAUGGACAAUGCUCUGCUACAGCAUCCCUGACUGUACUCCCUCUAAUUGAAGAACCUCCAAAAGAGGUAGUAUUGAGGACAAGCGGUGAUGCAAGCAUGCAGGAAAGUUUCUCUUCUAAGUCAUUUCAAAUGUCUGCUUCUAAACAAGAGACUUCGUUCAGCAGUAGUGGCAUGACUGAAAUGAAAUUUGCAAGCAUGUCUGCCCAAAGCAUAGCCUCUUCCAUGAAAGAAUCCUUUGUAGAGAUGAGCUCCAGCAGUAUUAUGGAAAAAUCUAGUCUGAAACAACUGGAGAGUUCAACUAGUAGAAUGAUUACAUCCGGUUUGAGAGGAGUACCACCCAAAAUUGAAGCUCUUCCAUCUGAUAUCAGCAUUGAUGAAGGAAAGGUUCUCACGGUAUCCUGUGCCUUUUCGGGUGAACCUGCUCCUGAAGUAACAUGGUACUGCAAAGGGAAAAAAAUUACUAGUCAGGAACAGCAAGGCAGAUUCCAUAUUGAAACUAGUGAAGAUCUAACCACUCUUAUCAUCAUGGAUGUCCAGAAGAAUGAUGGCGGACUUUAUACACUGAAUUUAGGAAAUGAAUUUGGUACUGACUCUGCCACUGUGAAUAUUAAUAUUCGAUCAAUUUAGAGGGCUUGAUCUGUUUUAUUUACACUUGACUUUUUACAAGUGUCAUAUAGACUGAAAUAUCAAAUCUGUAAAUAGGAAAAAAAAAUAUUUUUGUACCUACCUGAAUGAGACAAAGUUCAAAGAUAUACAUUAUGACUUAGAGUUAUUAUUUGACCUAUGAAUUUUAAACAUUUUUCAGUGACAUGUACAUACUGUAUAUAGCCGAAGUUAACGGUUAUAGAGUUUUGUACCAUUUAUUUUAUGACUUUUAAAAUGUAAUUUUUGGAACUAACGGUUGGUAGGAGAAAGUUUCUAAGGAAACGAAUACCCUGCUCAACAUUUAACUAAUUGUUGUGCCUCAACACAGUGUUGAUGUCUAAGAAUGCCUCAACAGGUAGAGAGGCUCCCUGUUGAAGACUGCAUACACCUAAGAAAUGAUACUGUGCAUCGUACCUAUACAUGCACGAAUAUAUCUGUUGAAUCAGAAGUGUAAGGCAUUGGUGAUGUUUGCAUUUACCCUCCUGUAAUCAGCACUUUAAUGUUUUACACUGACUCUGAUUGUCACACUAAUUUUUAUUUCCGGACUGACUUACAAUAUUUUGAGCAAAGUGCAAGCGGCCAGCACUUUGUUCACUCACUGUUUGAGUACUGUUUCUGGCAUAUUGACUACCUGAAUAGCUUUUAAGAAGUAACAUCACCUGGCCAUUCCCUCAUUCAACAAAGUUGUUUAGGUACUCAAGUGCAGCAGCAGUACUGACUCUCGGAGGUUCCCGGGGUGCAGUGAUUGUGAGUUUGUGUGGUAGUAUUAGAUAUCUAUUACGUAUUGUAAUUUCCAAGCAACUAAGCAAUGAACCACAGUUUUUUUUAAAAAUCCAAAAAACUGUGCUAAGACCACAAUAGUGCCCUCACCUUCAAUUUGAUUUAGUUCUCUUAACAUAGUAGUCAAUUUUAUUGUUAGCUGUAUUUGUUGAACCUCCU